AUGGCGAAGUAUUCUGUCAUUCUUCCUACUUAUAAUGAAAAGGAGAAUCUACCAUUAAUUAUCUAUAUGGUUGAUAAGUAUAUGAGCGAAAAGUAAGAUCCUUAUCUGCUCUGAUGGACCGCAGCUCCUAUCCCUAUGAAAUUGUAAUAGUUGAUGAUAAUAGCCCCGAUGGGACAUUACAGGCCGCUGAACUCCUUCAGAAGAUUUACGGCUCGGAGAAAAUAGUGAGUUCUGGAUUAGUCAUUCGAUCCUUUUAGAUUAUCAAGUCGAGGGCCAAAAAAGAGGGACUUGGUAACACUAAGCCUUUACGUUAUGUUUUUCUUUUGGAACGGCAUACGUACACGGAAUGAACUUUGCUAACGGCGACUUCAUUAUAAUCAUGGAUGCAGACCUAUCUCAUCAUGUAAGGGAGAGACUUUAGUGAUCGUCUUUUAGCCCAAGUUUAUUCCUGCGUUUAUAGAGUACGUCAAGGAUUGUGUAAAUUAUGUAAUCAAAUCCUAGGGUUCAGAAGUCAAUGGACUACGAUAUUGUGACGGGUACUCGUUAUGCUUGCGGAGGUGGUGUUUGUGGAUGGGAUUUAAAGCGAAAGGUCAUAAGGUUGGUUUCACGGAUAAUUUAUGCAUACUUCAUCACAAUGAAUGAUUUCUUUCCUUUAUUCGAAUUUCGUUAUAUUACUCCUCAUGCCGUUUCACAAUCAGUGCUUGGACUAGUAUGGCUCACCUUGAUGCCCGGCAUUCAAGUGUGUACUGUUCAUUUGACGUCCACGGCACUCUGCAGAUCAGCGCCUUCAUUGGUUGAUCGUGUGCACAGCCGCCUGCAGCAUGGUUGUCUAAUCGUCUCACGCGGUCACUUCUUUGACUGGGGCACCUUCCUUAGACAUUUUUCAUUAGGGUCAACGGUAACUUGUGUCUCGAUUAGAUGAACACGGCAGCAGUCCUGGUCUGAUUCAUUCCAUGCAAGCACCAUCCUCCGCCGUGCGUCCAUUCCAUCGAUUCGAGUGGUUAUAUCACAUCCUUUUCCUGGUGUCACCUCAAUCGCGAAUAACUUUGCUAGCAGUUAGACGUGAAUUCAGCCACCUCCACCAUAGAGCGUGGAAGUCUAGUUGUGUACAAACCGUACCUGUGGCAGUACCUGUUAUAACAGUUUUCAGUGUCACUGUUUGUCAGCCGUGUCGUUACUGCCGCUAACGGAAGAGAAUCGUCGCAAAUAUUGUUCAUAACUUGAGCUGAAUGGCCUUGUCAAACCGUAUAAGUACUACUUGAAAGGGGGCAUAGUUGUCACUACUCUCUCUGCCCGCCUUUAAACAAGAAGAUCUCGUCCUACUAGCUUAUCAUAAUGAUUCGGCUUUUCCGGUCCUGCUAUAGAAAUAAUUAAGAAUGUGACAGUGAACCCUGGCGGACAUUCCCCGCAUACAGUUGUUUUCACGUCGUGACAUGAAAGGUAAGACGAUAUCGUCAGUUCCAGCUGCCGAACCUUGUGUAUCCCUUGAUUCACUGUCCUGGGGUCAGCCAAUUUCUCUCUGAACUGGCUACAAAAUCGACAAACAAUGUAGGUAUUUAAAGUGAUGGACGCGUAUGGUGAGGUUAAAGUAAGUAGUUCUAAAUUCUUUCAAUGGCCCGAAAAAGUAUUCGGCAUUUGCGAAGUUUGACCGGUUUUUCAAAGAAACGCUGGCUUCCCCUCGUCGAAUAUUUUGACGCGGACUUUGGCAACGUUGUCUUUAACUUCUGCGAAGCCUUCACAGUCUCUUUGCCUCUUCGCACUGCCACUGACGAACGCUUAAGCGGAAAUUGCCGUCUUUCUUGUGUGCAUAGAUUUAGCAAGGACAGGUUUGUUACUCUUUUUGCUACAUUAUUUCGCUCACCACCGUCUGGCCGAGUCCUAAGGAAUUGUCAUCAAUAAACUCCUGUUGAUGUUUCUAGUCAGCCUCUUAAAACUAAUAGCACCAAUUUGUUUGGUGUAUUGAUUUAUCUUUGCCAUUCUUCCCCAGUAAGGUUGAGAAUGAUCUGACAAUUGUAAAUUUGUAAAAUUGUUAUUUUUAGCCGUUGUGCCAACUUUUUGGCACAUCUUCUGCUUCGUCCUAAGGCCUCAGACCUAACAGGAAGUUUUCGGUAAGUCUUCGGUUUGUACUUCAGUAUUCCACAGAUUGUACAAAAAGGCGGUUCUGAAAAAGCUAGUCGAAUCAUCUGUGUCUCGAGGGUAUGUUUUCCAAAUGGAAAUGAUGGCCAGAGCGUCGGUAAUGGGCUUUUCCAUCGGGGAGGUAUGAUUUUUCAAUGGGUCCGCAUUUUCCUAAUUUAGGUUGGUAUCACGUUCGUCGACCGACUUUAUGGCGCUUCCAAGUUAGGAGGAUCUGAAAUAAAGCAAUACCUCGCAUGUCUUCUCCGACUUUUCUUUACGAUAUAGCCUCUUUCAUAUGUCUUCCUUUUUAGUGGAGCCUCAGUUCCAGUAUUUUGCAUGUACAAUUCAGUUCUAUCCUCACCGAAUGUGGGGUACACUUUCCUUUUUGUCCCCUGGGUCAUUUCAUUUCUUCAAGUACUGUUAAUAGUAUUCAGCGGUUUAAUUUACUGACCUUUCUGUUCUUGACCUAUUCCAGCAAUCUGUAAAUACAUCUUGGUGGUUUUGGUCUGCUACUUGUCGGGAUUAGCAACUUUGGAUCACCUUCAACAUCAUAUCGACAAGUUUAGUUCGCCCAAUUGAGUACUACGCGACCUACAACUUUUUACGAAACGUGAGCUUAAGGGUGCCAACACUGCCACUUAAGGCUCGCCUGUCUGCACUAGUGGUCAGCCGGUUGUUACUGUGGUUCCCGCAAGUGUUAAAUGACAAGUAAGCCUUCUACGGUAGGUAGUUGCAUGCGCUGUAACUGCGACCGUACCUGCUCCAACCGACCUCGAUUGUUUUGAGGUAGUCAGAAGCAGUCACCGUGAACGAAUGUCUGAUGACCACCUCAUGUGCAAGUGAACGGUGUCGGCGUAGGUUAUGAGCCAAACUCUUUACAGCUUUUAAGUCGACACCGGCGUCUGGUUCGAGACAGCGCCGCUACGUGGCUUCAGCCGCGUAUACUGAAUGGCCUAAGCGUUUUAAUAGGGCAGUAAUAGGACAUCGUUUAAGCCUAACGCAGACCCCUCGGACAGUAUAUUCUCGACAAGAAGAUGUCCUUGCCCUGACCGCCUGACUGUAGGUCCUAUGUGCUGUUUAAACAGAUGACCGAUCCACUGUCCCUGUUUUCGCAAGAUUCCUCAGUAUUUGAAGCUAUACACUCAGCUCUCGAGGCAGGUCACCUGGUCUGGAGUACGGCUCGAAAACUGGCUUUCGUCUCAUUGACAAAUAGUUUAACCAGUUUAAUGACUGCCGCCCACACGAGACGCCGUAGAUCGUCAUAACUUGGUGCUGGUGCUGCGAUAUCAUUGUCAUGGUCAACAUUGUUCAGCCACCGUCUUCAUUUGAAUUCUACAUCAGGUGUGAAAGACUUUCCGAGAGCUCAGGUAAUAGGACGGGCAAUGGUUUAUAACCUUGCCGAACGCCAGGCCAUACUUAGAACGGCUGCGAGGGGUGGAUGUUGAGUGAUAGUGCGCCUUACUCAACGCAUAGCACUGUCUGACUCCACUAUCGGCCACAAGGACUUGUGAUAGACGCAGUUAAACAGGAAAUCGAAGUCGGUGGGGCAGAGGACCGUCAGUAAUCGUUAACUGUGCUGGAAUUGGUGGGUGUACUGUGUGUAUCGUAAUUUUCCCAUUACCUUUUCUGAGACAUUUUCAAAUGCCUCGAGAAUAAAGAUUGCAUAACUAUGAUUUAUGAAUCCUCAAAAUGACUUAACAAGUCACUCAGGAAUUUAAAACAAGUUCUCAUAGUAAACCCUUUCUAAACUGCCUCUGAUCUUGAAGUUCGAUGCAGAAGAAGGUGAGUUGUCGUUAUUCGACCGGAGCUUCUUUCGCCGAAGGACAUGUCGGGACGCCAUUCACAAGGAACAUACUAGUAACAUCCAGUCUAAAAACAACUAUCACCUCCGAUAUCCGGCGAAAAUGCGCAUUUGGGGAUUGAAUGGGAGCAACGCUCCUCAAUGAUCGUUCCCGCUCUCAAGCAUCUGAUCAUUACGAGCGUGGAAGAAUUCGGCGUGAAGAAUGCUCCAUUCGCACCUGUAAUCAAAUGUAAAACUCCGAGCGUCGGAAGUAUGCUUGUUACUGGUACUAGUUAAUUUAAUCAGGAGAGUUUGUGGUCUCUUGAAUGUGGAAUUCGGGUGACUUCGAACGAAGCAACUGAAUUUCGACAUAGUCUGUUGAGACCGGGUCUGCCUUCGUGGAUAAAAGGAAGAGCAUAAUGUAGUUAGCAGCCUAGGCAAGUUUGGAGUUCUUAGGUGAGUAAAAAGAGAUGAAUAGAACUCCCCACUCUCGGACUACCGCGUGGACUCCGCUAUGUGUAUGACCUGUUUGACGGCCUGUGUCCAGAUAAUUGCUUCAGCCGUAAUCACGGAAAAUCAGUUGCUUUUGGUGGCACUUAGAUAGUCUACAGAUCUUGAGUGAGAUGUGACCGGGGACAACCUGUUUCAUGAGAGAGCUCCAAGAGCCUUUUCUUUUUCUCCGGUGCAGUCACUUCUGCGGGUUCUUUUGGCGCUCUUCCUAGGGGGCUUGAAGUAAAGGAUGGGGCGGCACAGGACCAUGACGGUAGAUUAAAACAGGCCGGCAAACGAACGUGGUAAUGUGUGUUGCAAACGGUGAGUAGUAAACGUAGUGGAAUGGUUGCCAUUGACCAUUCUUGAGGAUGGAAGGUAGGCACUGAUAUUGCCUUUCGUUCCGGCAUUGCAAAGUUCUAUAUGAUGUUCUCCCCUCGUCUGACCAAGCACCAACACCUCGAGACUGAAAGGUGCCCGGCCAUCCAACUCUGUGGCCGACUCAGACACGCUUUUACGCAGGAUGCCCAGAUGCCUGACACAGCGGUUGCUGAAAGUGCGUCUCAUGUCCAUCCCUCAAACUGCUCCGACAACUUAUUUCUCAUCAAUUCUCCACAGAAUGCAAUGUCCCCUUUACUGACGUUUAACUCCUACUUGGGACCUGAUAUGGGGAUGGUUUUGACCUACCCAUGGGUUUCGCUGUCGCGGCAAGCCCACCUCGUGAGGCACUAGCGGGACCGACCUCGUCAUUCGCCACGAUCAGUUUAUCUUAGACUUGCCAAAGUAAGUUCAAGAGCUUUGUUCCACAGUCUGCGGGCACUGAGGUACGCGAGAUAUCGGUGGUCUCUGCGUCUGUAUUACAGUUAGCUAGGCAAACCGGCCUAGCUGGAAGGUCGGCACGUCCGGUGAUCGUAGUGAAGGUGGGUGACCUCUGGGCGAUGAGUCGUUGAUCACAGUCGACUACGAGACGAUCACUAAUAGCUUUCAGUUCUGUGGGCCGGCACUUGAUACGGUGGGGAAAAGUGUCCCCUAAAUAAGAGGUGGAAUAAACAGAACAAUAAAUGUUAUAGCCACCUAAGCCAUAGGCCCUAGCCACCACAACCAUGUCCGGUCUCGUAUAGAAAGCGGAGAAGCUGGAAAUUAGUAAUAAAGGCACUGUAUUCCGUAAAAUGUUGAUGAAAAGUAGGUUGGAGCAAGUUAGCAGCCAGAUGAGGGCACAUUUCCUGCUUAGCCAAAGCAGCCCUCCGUGAGUCACUGGGGUAGACGUUAGAGCGUCUUGGUGGAGGGUACGUCUGCACAGGCCUUCCAGUCGACUGGUUAAGACUAGGUUGCCAUUGACAAGCACGUGCAAGUACACGCGAUAUAGUAAGACAGGAUCAAAUUAAUAACUCACUAUUCAUCUGAUCAGCCUUCCGUUCGGGUGGGAGAUUUGUUUGUUGGAACACUUCGCAAGCAAGAAAAACGGUAACGCUUAAGCUCCCAAGAUGGCUACAAGGAAAUACUCGUAGACUAGACAAGCCAUACGAAAGGACAGAAACAGAGAAGAAGGUCCAACCAGAGUUUUAAAGGGAAUAACCGCCUAUCAGUUUAGGUAAACGUCUUAUAACAAGACUCUCUUUUUCGGGUGUACGGCACUAGAUUAUAAUCUUUCACGAUCCACAAUAGUUCCAGAGGUCGGCAUAUCAACGGUCCAUAGGUCUUGGCCAAGGCUUCACUUUCAGUCAUCGGUGUGAGAUGCGCCGGAUAUAGGGUUCAGCAGGAGUAUUCGUGUUCUCACUUGUUGUUCCUCUAAAUUUCGAAGAAUCUUGUUCUCAGUGUUGUAUACAAACUGCAAAUCAAUCUGAUACUGUUAAUUUCGAAAUGCUGCAGUUUGUUUCUGACAUACUUUGUUAGUAAUCGUUCGGCCUGACAACUAGACCUCUCGUCAAACCGAUCAUGGUACAUCUGCUGAUCUGACCGUGAUAGAGUGGAACGAGGGUCCUUUUGAACUGUCUUAUGGGACGACCAAAGGACGCUGACCGUCGCGUGUAUCCCGAAUACACCUACCUGUAUAUCUGUUGCCGGUCGUUUUGACACGCGCCACCGAUGCAAAUCGUUAUUUUGGCAGCUAAAAUGAUGACUAUGCCAGUAAAGCCUGAUAUCCUGCACGCUGACCGUAGUCUAAUAUGCGGUCAUCCAUGUUCACUUGAUUCUCUGAGUAAGUUCUGCGGGUUUGCCUUCUACUUAAUAUUGCUCCCCUCAAGCGAAAGUUGAGCUUGUUUGGCAGUAACCUUGUCUUGUAAGCUGUGGAAAGUUUCGAACACUCAUGAGCAUAUAAGUGACGGAAGAAUGCUCUGUAAUUUGAAGUCUCCGGAAGCGCCACGUCUUGAAAACACUGUAUGGUUCCAGUGCAGAUGUCGAAAUAUCGCCUUUGAAGAAUUCCAGCAAGAAAGACAUUUUUGACUACCUAGAUUAUGUGGCGAUGAAGUCGUGUAGCUCCUCCGUCAUACUGUGGUGUUAACUCAAAACUUUAGAUCGUGAAAUGUCUACUUACUUGCAUUUAGUGUUAGGCCGCACUUUCAGGUAAUGCAAAUUAACCCAGUAGAUGCUCAUUUUGGCUUUAAUUCGCGAGGUGGUCCUAUCAUUUUUUGUCAAGAGUCGGUGCUUCUUCAACUGCUGCUGGUGGCUGUUCUGGAGCGUCCUAAAGUAAAUUGCACACCGCUGGGACAUGUGAGAUGCAGUCGUGAUAGUAAGACAUCAGUCACAGUUUAAGGUUUACUUGUGGAGGUUUCACAACCGGAAUGUGCGAGUUCUGUGUAGGAAUUGGUGCGUACGUAUGAAUUACGUGAGCCUGACAGUUAUCUGGUUAAUUCUAGGUGAAUUACUCAGGAAAUCCUGCUUGGGCAAUCAACUUGCUGUAUUAGAUUUGGUGGAUUCCAGACGUUGCAAUAGGUUGGGCGGGUAACUUGACCCAAAUAUGCUUAAACUUGCGUCGUCCGCUGGGGCCUCGUAGCUCAAGUGGUUAGAGCGUUGGCUGUACUAAAGCCUUCCCCUGCUGUCGUGGGUUCGAAUGCCACCGAGGCGGCGAUUUUUCCACAGUUGGGUCAAUAAGCAUUUAUGCAAUGUCAACCUCAUAAGAAUUAACUGGCGAAUGUGUAUGAAGUUAAAGAAAGGGUAGAACAUUUGGCAGUUAUAUUAACUUUAGUUUUCACGUGUUACCGUGAGAAAAGCUUGUUCGCAAAGAAAAUUUGACAAGUUCCUGACCCAGAUCAAUUUCCCAAAAUGACUUCUCCUCUGCAUCUACUGCGAAAAAGGCAGAUUGUUCAAAACUUGACAGUAAAAUUCUAAUCAAUUUUUGUCAGUAUGAUAGUGCAUGAGAUGAAUCCCAAAAUAAAACAUAAUUGUGGCUUUGAGCAUACCUGGUGUUGCCUUCUCUGUUUUGCAUAAAGUUUGGAAGGCAUGAAUGCAAUCCGAUCCCAACCAAGAGAUAACCAUUGCUCAUUUUGCUGUAAAGUACCCAGGUGUUUCCGGCUACUCAAGAUGCAUGCGCGUUCUUCCUUAGUUUGACUCUCAAUUCUACUGAUAACACACUAACGUAAAUUAAACUAAACCUCUGGGCACAAGCCAUCUGCUAGCAGAUUGAAUGGCAGACCUGCAACUUUUCUAGAAACUACGGUAUGCACGUUGCUUAAAAACAUUAUACUCCCCUAAUGUGUGGAGCAGCCAAUAUAGUCACUUCAAUAUUAUACCUACGAAUGCACUAACUAGCGGUGUAGAAGUCCAGUCUCAACCACGCAGUAUAUGAGCCGUCGUUCCCGAUUGAGAUUUCUGGCCGAAUUAUUCCGUACUGAUUCACUUAUUUUUGGAGCCUACAACACCGCAUCUGUGGCUGAAACCAUUUUACAUAUUAUGCUCUUUUUUCAUAUUCGGACUGCUUAAUUUAUCUUACGUCAUAGGCAAGGAUCGUGAUGGUUUAUUCAUUGGCUUUAGGCAACUACCCCGAAGCGUUUCAUGCUGGUUAGCUAGAAGGAAGUUGAUCUUUAGUCAUGCUAGCCGCCGUUAGGUGGAAGCGUAUGGCAAGGAAAUUAUCUUUGCAAAAUAAAAAUCACCGAUACAAGCGAAAAUGCGAGUUCCAGGAACUAGUUGACCAGAAGAAGAAGCGAUCGCUGGAACAAUGGCUUUAUUCGCGUAGCUCAGGUGGUUAGAGCGCUGGCUGAGCUAAAAAACCUUCCCCUUACUGCGUGGGUUCGAAUCCCACCGAGGCGCCGAGUUUUUCACAGUUGGGUCAAUAUGAAUUAUUCAAAAUCUGCCAAAAUAUCAAUGAACAUGGCGCUCCAUUGCCACAGAGUUGAUAGCGUAAGUCUUUCAAAUUUUCUUGCAAAAUCGGUGAAGUAAUGUGCGCAUGCAUGGUUCACAAUUUGACUUAAAAUAAAUAAUCGUGACUAGGCAAUAAAUGAAGUAACAGAUUGAAAUCGCAUUUAAAAUGCAUGGGAGUUUUUACAAUCGGUUAUACACCUCAGCAUUUGCACAAUUAAAAUUUAUCCGAGUUCCAAACUGAUGAGCAAUUUCGCUCCUUGUAGCGAGGCAAUGUUCGCACGGCAAAGCAACUUAUUAGUGCUGGAUAAUGCAAUGCCUUGCGACUACGCGAGACAGGGAGGAGUAUAAUGAUGGAAACCGGCUCUUGCAAGCCUCGAACUACCUGUAGAGAAUGGAAUCUUCUGUCUAUCCCUUCCUGCACAAAGCGCCGGACAUUAAAAUUCCGUAUGUGUAUACUGUAUGUCUUCUGAAGUAUACCAUAUAUCUUAUUCAAAAAGACUGCCCGGUAAGCUGUCAUUUUCAUCCUAAAUGCCCUUUACCUGUCUAGGCGGAUUAUUAGAGGCACAAGCUAAAUUUUAUGUUUAACAAACAGUUCCAUAAAAACGAGCUUAACCCAUGGCAUUUCUUAAAGUAUCGCGAUAAAGAGCAUGUGGAAUCUAGUCACCAUAUCAUGGAAACUAUCACUCAUUUUCGGAAAUAUAUAAUUCGGAUGCCAAAGUGCUUCGGCAAAGGGUUCCUAUGACUUUAUUACACUUGAGUAUAAUAUUUGACUAAGCUUUCAAAUAGAGAAGCUUAAUUAUGUGAAAUUUCAGGGCUGGAGGACAGGACGGCAUUCUUAUGUCAGUUUGCGCAUUGUAGAAUGUCGUUCUUCCGGCAAGACCUCCCGGUCCAUUAAACCAAAUUCAAUCGAGGCCAAAUCAAUACAUAUUUUGUCCUUACCUUCGAUAGUUCAAUAAAGUAAUUUCCACACAAACAAACGGUAAAAUAGGACUUCCUGAAAGCAUUUAGAGACAAUAACGGCCUCUUCCUAAAUAAUGAGUGAAAUUGCGAUCUGUCCUAGUUAUUUGGGAGUCCAGGAGUUUCUACAUUUCUAAGGCGAAUGCAUCGCUGCGUGUUCUUGUGUCUUCCUGUUUAGUGUAUGCCUAGGAUCCCUGGAGGCACCUUUAUAACUGUUUUCAUGUUCCCAUGCAAGCAGCCGUUUUAUAUUAAACUAACUCGAAGGGAUAGGACUUUCUUCGACAACGUUUGUAACAACUCAUGUGUCGACUCCACAUUAAGUCCUGAUUUUAACGUCGAUGCGACCAUAUUUACAUAACUAGUUCAUCUUGGUAGCAUAUUUAGAGGUUAAGCCGAGGGAGUUUGCUGAUAAAUGCAUUAGAACUAAGCCCAGCUUCAAUUGUGGUGAAGCAGGUUUUGCCCUCAGAAGCCCGACCGUCUUAACCUUCAAACUUGCGUCACGGACGCGGGCGCGUUUCGUUGCGCGCGCUAGCGUCGGAGCGAGUACGAGUAAUCAUACCAGCCUGUCGCCUUGCACCUAACGCCGAUUGGCUAGUGUUAGAACCAACCAGCCGACUCGUCCUGUAAAACAUUUACUGGAGCUGAGGUCCCGUCUUAGAACAGAGCGUAGCAGCAUGCAGUACAUCGGGAAACUGUUUUCAACAGCGAGGCAGUACUACAGCGAUAUUAACAGGGCCACUCUAAACGGGGCUAUUGACGUCAUCGUUAUUCAACACCCAGAUGGCGAAUGGAACAGCUCACCCUUCUACGUUCAGUUUGGCAAGACUGGAAUACUUCGACCUUGCGAAGACGAGGUACAUCAAUAAAAAUUGAUGUUUAUUUGCAGUUUCUGACCGUUCCGUGCCCUUUGUCCGUGUCAUGUUUUGAAUGAUACCAUUACUGCAUAACCAGCAGUGUUUCAUAUGCAUACGCCAACCCUAGACAUGUGCAUGUUAAUAGAGCAAAAAUGUCAGUUUGUAAAAAUUAGUACCAGUCAGAUUUACACACGUCGUCUUACACAUUCUGUUUUAUUUCCUCUUUCCUAAUGUACUGAAACGCAUGAUGAUUGUAUUGUAUCAAAGAACAAAUACCUGCCACUACCGCGUUUCCGUGAGGUUUGCCCUCAGUACACACCAACCAAAAUCCGAAACCUCUGCUUCUAUUGUCUUUUUCAGCUACCGCUUUUGACCAUUUUGAAGCCGUAACUGUAUAUACUAAAACCCAAUUUAUAGCGAUAAUAGACGAAAACCCAUACGAGGAUGAAGCCUGCAGAUCUGGCCUAAAUAUAGCGUGGACUGCGGGUAUUUGUUUAGUCAUAGAUCUCCGCUUUAGAGUUCUCGAAGGCAAUUGCCUAGCGAAGAGCAGUAAAUAGUUGAGGCGUAUUAAGGGCCUAAACAAGGUUGACUGGAAUGAGCAUUUACGGAUUACCCGUCGCUUUUCAACCAACCAUACAAGUCAGUGGGGAAGACCCGAACCUUGGACUUGGAAAAAAAGAUACAAUGGUGUGACCGGGUUCUGUCCUCGAACAGAGUCAGAAUAGUGGCUAUAACGUUGGAUGUCCUCGAUCAUAGUCGAAGAGAUGUGGUCAUGGUGUUAAGCCGUUAACUUUACCGAGCAAGUGGAGUUAGGUUCGAAUCUCGGGUUUUCUCCAGUUACGAUAUUACUGGCUGACUGCGGUAAUUAAGCCAGUCAUGGCCACUACAAUAUUCCUUUUCUGUCAGUGCCAUCUCCUGACUACUGCUGUAUUUUACGUGCGGCCGGCAUCCACUGGUCAGUCCUGACUUCAGGACAAGAAUCUGUAUUUUCUACUCAAUCAGGUUCAAACCUUUUUCCUGAGACCUGGGGUCGGAGCAUAACUGACCUUUCCACUGUCCCUGUCUUUGUCCGCCCUGAGUUCUAUGUGUGUACCAACUUCCCUAGACAACACCUGUUUAAUUAAUCCCAACUAAAACUCAAUUUGUGGUUGGAAAUGGAGACGAACAUUCGUCAUUAAUAUUUUUUUCAAUCUCAGUUCAUUUUCCGAAUUGUCACCUCUGUGCUGGAUUUGGAGUCAUAGUAGCAAGUGGUGAGGAUUCUGUUCCAGUACACCGGCUAAAGCCGGGACGAAAUUGCUGAGAGGCAAUUCAACAUAAGUCAUAUUUCAAGGCAGUGUAGAAUGGGCGCACGAUUGCAAAGGGUUUCCCGUCGACUAUGUAAUUCACAAGAAAGACGGAUGAGCAUGUUGGAGUACCAGUAAACAAUACCUACACACCUUAGGCAGUAUCAGCAUUAAAUGCUACUGAAAAUGACUUUGGCAUUGAAAAUAUUCCUUGAUUCCAAACUGAACACAAACAUAAGUUUCUUGAAAAGACUUCUUCUGCUCAUCUGUGUUCAGGAACACGCACUUUUGCUUCCAUUAUCGACAGAAGCUGUUGUGGCGAUUAACAAAUGAAACUGUAGCAUUCCCUACCCGUACAGUUCCCAGUUUCGACGGGAGCAGCAGCCGACGGCUUGAGGCAGGCGCCUAAAAUCCAUCCACCUAAACGAUCCUUGGUCUUAUCAUCCCCCAACUUUGCUACCAUUCCCCUUGUGUCUAUCGCUACGUUACGGAAGUUCUGCCCCCGUUUCGGUUUUAAUAUGAAGAAGCCUCAGCAGGAAGAUUCAAUUGUCAAGAGCUGUUAUCUUUAAAUUUAUUUCGUGUUUUCAGUCUCCAGGGUUGACCACUUUAUCUUAAGACGAACCACAUAUUUCCACAGCGUAAAUUUCCUUUACUUUAUAGCCUGCCUAAGUGAAACCUUUUAGAUGACUUAGAACGGUUUGCGCGGAUACGGGGCAGUGUUGGCAAAGACAAAAGUAGUACAAGUACAGGAAUAGUAAGGUCAACCGGAUAAGCAUUUCAGAUCGAUUAUCCUGGCCAAAUUUGGUGCGCUGGGAUACUGGUUUAGCAAGUAACUGUAAAAGUCUCAGUCUGUUUUUGAAUAGCGUGGCCUUUCGGCACACCACUGUAUCUUCUUCUUGGUGUGAAAACUGGAAAUGACAUCUGCCGUUGAAGGAGUCACCAAGUAAUAUUGACUCCUAAAACAUCUUUUUCAAAGAGUCGCAAUUGUCGUCCUCAGAAUUGCCUCGUUAAAAACAACUGCCAGAUACAAAAAACACGAGAAAACAUACUGUGCCGUCGAUUCCGUCUGUGCUCAUAGAGGUUGACUGACGCAGUCCGGAUGAGUGUGAACAUCUUGAGUCAACCUUAUGUGGGCCUAUUCGAGGACCUGGGAGGGUUUAUGCUUGAUUCUGACCACUAAGUUCCUCGUGAGCUAUUCUGCUUUUGAAUUUCGUUCCUCACCCAUCUCAUAGAUCUCAGUAUGACAGGCGAUCUCCUGGUCUACCGAAAUGUGACUGUCAUAAAAAUUCUAAUACCAGGUCUUAAAUGUUUGGAUUCAGAAGCAAUUAUUGAUAUGAACUGCUGGUCUUGCCUGCUGGCUCUAACGAUACAUUUAAGUGACAACUUUCAAAAGGUAGUAAAUUCUAGGACAAAGUUCCAGUCUAUUCGUCCGUUAGAUUAAGUCAAUUACGCCUAUGUUUGCCCCCUUUCUAAUGGAAGUUUCACGUUAAAAUUUUUCCACUUUCCCUACGCGGACUUAGAGAUCGGCCUUCUAUGGAAAUCUUUUACGAUAGGGACUCUUUCCAGUGACAGCUUUGUCUCCAUCAUCUAGGCACUUUGCCUUUGUGAAAUCAAACAGUGCGAACUAAUUCGCUCGGGCUUUAACUUUCCGAUCAGUCCCUAUGUCCUCUGCUCUUGAUGCAGGCCCGCAUACAUAAAUUCAGUAUGGACGCUUUCAUAUUCACCCUUAGCAGCCUACUUAUAGCUCGAGCUGUUUGUGAACAGUCGACUGGUGACUGUUACAACCCGACUGUUACAAACAGACUUACUUGCGGAAUUCCGCCACGGUGUGUUCAUUAAGGGCAAGUGCUGUGGGAAGACUAGGCAGUCUUGGAUAUUAUCAAACUUUUUCCCAUUGAAUAAAGAAUUUUGAACGAAUUCCUCAACACCAACUUUCCGAGUUUAUGUGCGUUUUGCCAAUACUUUCUAGCUUGCAGAUAAGGCAGUCUUCAAUGCCUUCUCAUUGUGAGCAAAUUCAAAACGCCGGCCUGCAAUAUCUCACUCAUAGUCCAUGGCAUCGCCAUUGGCACCAAGGGCCUUCCGUUUCACUCUCUGUCUGAUGACCAGCAUAGCGAAUAACGGGCCGCGUAAGCCCGAGUUUUAAGCUUGGUUUCAUCAGGUAGUGUGGGUGUGUAAUGAAGAUCUGCUGACGCAACCAUGCUCCACUUAUAGGCCCUAACGCGCGGCGACGACUCUGCGUCCUUUAGGUUGACCCUCAGAAGCGCCAACUUCACCCACUUACCUAUUUUUGGGGCGAUCCUGAUCUUGCAGCGACAAAGCGGUAAUUGGAGACGUCAGUCGAGUCCUCUGUCUGUGUCCUUCCAACAUUAUCUACAGAAUGUAUUGGAACCCCUAAAAAUCGACCGAAAUCCUUGGAUGUUCAUUUUCAGGACAAAGCAUAACCUACAUGGGGUUGGUAUAAUGAUGAUCGUGUAACCGUAUUUCAGCCUUACACCUUCAGUAUGGUCUGCUGGGUUUCGAUCGUACAUCGCUUUGGUCACUUACACUGAGUUAACACGCGCAUUUCCUACAGGACUUAUUUUUCAAUCCUAGUCGUUUUGUUCUUAGCUUGCCAUGAAGAUGUGGCGGGUGUUAAAAGAGAAUGCCUACGGUUCUCUUGUAUAACAGCAUGCUUUGGAGAAUUUUAAUAUUUCUUAGUGACCACGUCCAAUACAUCGUGUCUUACGUUUCUCGUGAUUGUAAGUUUUCUGAAGAACUCAAUGCCUGUUUUCCCUCGAGGAAUCUUUCCCAAUUUCCCUUUAUGGGUAUGUAAUUUGAUAUCCUAAGACUGUUUAAGACGCGAAAUAUACUUUUAACCAUUGCAGUGUCGCGAAAAUGUUUCUAGGAAACAUGCAGAUAUGUGACUUUACGAAAGUCCAAAAACCCAAAAUUUUGGAGUUUUUCGAACCGGUGCAUUGUGUUCUACUGACGGAGCCCACGGGAACAAAUGCACUACACUCGUGUCUUCCAAUUCACAAGCCUCAGAGGCGUCGUUGUCUGGCGAAUGUGAAUUGUGCGCUGAAGUGUACAAGCAACUAAGACCAUGGUGUCUGCGGUAUGCUCUGGGUCUGCGAUAUCGUUCGUGGGUAGAGACUGCAUGAGUCGACGUAUGCCCACAGAAGCCAAGUUGGCCGUUAAGCUCAACCGGCCCGGCUUACCGACAAUGAGACGUAACGAUAGGUUUGGGCAGCCGAAUGGAUGGGACAGAGCGAGUGGCUGUCCGAGAAUGCGGGUGAAGCCAAAACAUGACAUAGGCUAAAGUUCAGAAGGCCUAUUGUUUGGGGUUUUUCGUUUUUCAUUGCUGUUCAGGGAUGAAAUACAGCUACUCUAAUCGACUAGAAUCUGGGCUGCACUGGCUAGUUAUUUUAUGAACACUUAUACGGAUUAGAUUGGUUGCAUACGGUGGUAGAUAUAAGGCGCCCCACCAGCGACGUGUGCACUGUAUAAUCUAUGUUUUUCUACUAACGGACCACAAAUACGACAGUUGGAAACGGGACUAUGGAUCGCCCGUAUUACAGGUGGAGUGACCCUAAAUUCCAGAAGGUUAAAGUUAAAACUAUUAGGUCACGUGCGCAUUCAUUAAAAUCCGCGGUAGAUCACCGUCGUCUAUACCAUGCCACACAUCUUCCCUCAACAACACUCGCACAGCACGUCAAAAUCACCCAUCGUCACACCACGCAAGCACUCAAUUGACACCUCUCACGCAAGUGGGAAAUCUGCCUGUCGGCUCCUUCCCCACGUGGCUCCUCUGCUGCUUAUGUGGUCCGAGCCCGAAACUAUCAUGGUGCGCCAGGUGCCAUGACUUGGAAAGUUGCCGACGGGCACCUCAACUCAGUCCACGCAGUCUGUCCGGUUGUGCGUGUGUGGAGUGGUGGACUGAUGGGUUGAGAGCCAGGCUGCAACGGCUCCUUAACGUGACCUCUGGCACUGUCACGCAUGUGAGGAGAGUGUGUGUGUGUAUAUGUGGGUGGUGCCUCUCAGUCAAUGGCUGACUUGUUACCCGGCCCUUUAAUGGUGAUGACCCAGGCCAAAUGCAGGGCCGUGUCCCACCUUUCUGGGCUUUAAGGAUUAUGCGCGUCUACCAUGUCAUGAUUCAAUAAACCAUGGCUCUCGCAGUCUGGUGCGCGCUGACAGUUCUCUGGCACGUGGUUCCCUUUCGGUGGAUGGGCUUGCGCUUCGGCUGGGUAUACAGGCCGUGUGCAUGGUUGCCCAGUGAUUUGUGUCUGCCUCCUAUUUCUGACCGAUUUUUUGUCGUUAGUUAAAGGGCUGGUCAAGUGUCUGUUGUAAACGAGAGUGUGGUGGUACCCUAGGUGCGGGUCUGGUCGUGUCAGCCACCUCCGCCCUAUCCUGCCUCCGAUUUACUUGACUGUGUCUUGACACCGGGUCCAGGCGCGGGAGGAUCAGUGGGUGUGGUAGAUGCUGUGCAAGCCCGUCAACACUAUGGAGUAGUUCUCGCGCAAGUUACCGUGCCUGCUCUCACGUUGCUAUGGAGUACACGGUAGAUGUCUUCGGCAACGACGGUCGAACUGUCAAGUGUUAGAGUUAGUCUUAUUGAUCAGACACAGGAGCAGGAACUCCUGGAGUUCAGCUCUAGGCCCCCUGUAGUACUGGGAGGCCCGCAUUCCCGUACCCAACUAAUAAAGCUGUGCUAACUCUGUGGUUGGUAGACCUUUAAAUGCCCACAUCAAUGCCGUCGGCCUUACCUUGCAAAAUGACAAAGGGAGGAAAUUUGUUAUGAUGGUAUGGUGGAAAGGCGUUUAUCUAUCAGGUUACUAUGCCAGCUCGUCCCGUUCUAUCCUGGCGCUCAACCUGGAGUCCUCAAAGGUAGUCACUUAGCGACCAGUUUCAUAUGCUGAAAUGGCGGUACUGACAAAGAAAAGGGAGACUAGGUUUGUCAUUUCUGGCUUAUAGGCCGUCGUCAGCCAUCCCCAACCAACCAGAAGUUUUCGGGACCUGUUAAUGUCGACAAGUAGCAUUAUACAAAAUGACUGCACUUGUUCAAAUUCUAUGGCGUCCGCAUGGUUGUGUUCCGUUCUGCAGGUCGAUUUUUGCAAGAAACUUCAGUUACAUGUUUCAGUGACUUUUUCCUCUCCCGUCGGCCAGCGGUCUACUUUUAUUCUCAGACCAGUUAUCAAAUGCAGUCAAAACCAAACUAACUAUAUUUGAUCUAUUUCUACUUUCCCCUUAUUCAGGUUGAAAUCUCAAUUAACGGGUCAAUAUGUGAACACAUAAAAAUGCGAGUUAAUCAAUACGGACAGGCCUUCUUUGACUUUCGGGUAUGUACGCGAAGCUAUUCUUUUGUGUCUGGCAAGCAAAGUUUUUAAAUACGUUCCUCUUAUAUACCCACAAAUGUUUUUUACUAAAUGAACGGAUUUUUCUCAAAUAACUAAGCAGCUAUGUCGUGAUUUGCAUCUGUCUAUCCCGAAUGGUAGUGACUUCUUACAUGUCUCCUAUUCUGAGUCCUGAAGCGGGUCCACCAUGUGGAUCUUCGUGUUUGUACUUUCGAGAAAAUCAUUCAAAGUACUAUGACUUAAAGACAUGCGGAAAAAGUCCAAAUGAAAGCGCGCUCGACGUAAUAACUCCGUACGGCUGUACCUGGAUCCCUUAACAUGUCGAAAAUCAGGAUAUGAAUGAAAGGACCGACUUUUGAUAUGCUGAUCUUCGGCAGGCGACAUAACCAAACUCACACCGUUUUAGUCCGAACAACCUCGCAGCAGCCUGGACUAAAUGAAGGAGCUAAAUAACAUUUUGGAAAAUACGAGCAAAGUAGUGCCUUCACGGUAGGGUGAGAAAUACCGACUGCAGAAGAGAACAGGUGGCAAUUAUGAUCUUGUACACAACAAUCCUGCUCCGAGAACCACGAAUGUCCACGAACAGCAGCAAGGAAUAAACGAGAUGGCGCGGGCAUCAGCGGAUGAAUUGAUAAAGGAUGAGAAAAGACCGGUGCAGAUUAGAAGUCGAUUAAGCGCUAAAAUUUCAAAAGGUGAAACUCCUUAGGACGACCACUGAAAUUCACUUUGGAAACUCACUGAACUUAUUUCUAGUUUUUUCCCAUAUAAGAGCGUUGUCUGAUAACCAGACCGAGACGAAAUUUAAGCUCUCUUUGAGAUGCUGUCAAUCACCAUUCUCUCCUAUGUGAUAACCAACAGUAAUCGCCAGCGCAGAUUAUACUUAAACAAUCGUUACACGCAAAGCUUUUGAGAUCAUUAAAAGUGGAGAAGGAUGAAAGUUUGUGCGGAACAGUUUAUUCAGUGUGCUCCAGAAGAGUGUAUGAGUCAACGGUGGAGCACAGUCAGUCCCACCCACUUAAAGUACCCGGUGGAAUUUAAAUAUCGGCAAGGAAUCAUCAAUGCUCACAGUGGUUCCUGUAAAACAGCAACAAUCUUUACCCACCAGAAGACCAAUAACUCGUUGGUCGCCAACCUGUUAGGGUUACCACGCCGACCUCUCAUCUCAAGCUUUAAGCACACCUUUCAAUCAGAAGUUGAAUUAACUGCUGCUACGAUAUUCAGAGGGCAUCACCAAAGGGUCUGGAGCAAGAACUGCUUGAAAUUACUGCUUAGUAAGAUCUAUAUCCACGUAUUGAUAGAAACCAGAUGGUGUCUAGGUGAAACCACUUCCUGGGGUGUUUAGACAUACUGCCCAUGAGGUGGCAAGAUAGUGAUAUGCUGUAGGCCGCACUGCCACACACUUCCGAUCAGCGUGAACGCCCCUUCCUCAAACAUCUUGUCACAUUGUCAGGUUUAAAUAUUUAUGUAAGAAGCAACUGUAUCACCUCAUCUCCUGGGUAGUGAUUACAGCAAUGAAUGACCCUCCACCGCCUUAAAUGAUUAGGCAAGUGUCAUUUUUGACACUUUAUACCUGUCAGGCCUUGCUGGUGUCAAGAUUCAGCAUUUACAAUCAUUUAUUUCCUCAUCAGGUUUCACCAUCGUCAGGGGCCUCAGGCAGGGGUUUACAGGCAUGUUAAACAAAUCCUUCUGAAGCUGCUUUAUGCUGUAAUGGUAGCAUAAGGAGAUCAUACGUGCAAUCAACCUCAUGGCUAAUGCAUAAGUUCACUUUAAGGUCGUAAGUGUCGCCAUUUUUAUCGUUUGCUGAGACUAGAUUUAACCGACGGCAAUUUUACUCCCUAAGUCUCACUGCCUCCAACUAGCUAAAUUUUUUGCCUUAAAAUCUGCCGGUGAUAUCGUACAAGGGGUCGAGAGUUGGUUGGCAACACUUUCCCUCACGUGUGCUUUUUGAUGAGAACAUUUUUUGCAAACCGAUAUUGAAUUCGGUCUUUUUUGAUUCAUAACCUUAUGAAACUAAUUCCAAUUUCGGUAAGAUCCCAUUUUGCAACCGUACCUGUUAGGGAUUGGGGUCGGGGAUAGGAGUUUGGCUGCGACUUGUCCACUGCAGGUACGACUACGAAAUGCGAUCCGACCCCAAUUUCUCCUGCCCUAUAAGCUUUCUCCCUCAUCGGCACUUCAGUAGACUGUACACAUAAAAAAGCUGUCUGCAGUUUUUCUGAUACUACUUGUAUGUUCUCAUGUGACAAUAAAAGCCAGCAAACGUACACAAAUAUGACCUGAAAAGGUUUUUUUCACUCCAUAGACUGGCCCUAACAAUGCCGAGUUCGUCGAUGACUCCCCGUCGGAUCUUUCAAGCUCCAUGAUUUCGGACUCAGGUAUUACCCUCGGUAAGAUGGCCGGAUUUUUAAGUUCUCAUGCUAAAUUUAGUUUCUUUGAAAAGCGGUAAAACCGAAGCGUUGGCAGUCAGGCCACCGUCAUUACUUGGAACAGUAGUUUCCCGUAAUGAGUUACGAGCCACUGCAACCAAUCGGCGAAGGAAAUGAUGUCGAUCGGCGUCAAGCCCUUUGCACGCCGAGGGCUGGGUCCGACGACUCAACCAUGAAGUUGGCAAGGUUUGCUAGGCGGACCAUUGGCGGUAUGAGUAAGCGGCUGACCUAGCGGCUAGGGGAGUAAACUACAAAAUCUUACGUACGCUAAAGUAGGCAGCACAAUAUUGACCAUUGGGUCGUAGCGGACUGAAAUGAUCAAGCAUAUAAUUUGACUUUUGAACUAGAGCAAGGCACAAAGACCAGUGAAUGUUAUUGUCUUAGGUACCAGGUAAAUUUUAUCGUCAUAGCUUAAAAAAUCGGAGAAAAAAAUAUGACCAUAGACAGUGUUCUAGUUGCCUUUUUGCAGCUGAACUGCAAGCUGUGCACCGUUUUCCACCUACACCUACACGGGUUUCAGCAAAUGUGCCACUGCGUCUGGUUUAUCCAAUAUCCAAAAAGGUUACUGUCUCUGUAUCGGCGAUCUUUCUGUUUCGCGUCUUGACGGAUAGUCGCGUGUUCGCUAUGCACCACUGUCAGAAUACGGAACAAAAUCUUUCUCAGAGGUCAUUCAGAUCGACGCAAGCUCCUUUUCAGCCAUAAAUGUGUGGGGUCCGCUAUUUAACUCCCUUUGAAGAAGCAUGUUAGUUAACGAAGAAAUUCAACGUUUGGGGCUUUAAAAGCGCGCCUCUCUUCUCGGUCGUCCCGUAAACUGUGGCUAUAUGUUUCAGGUUUAUUAUCAUCAACAGGGAGAUUCUCAAAACUUCAGGGCUCGACUGUGACUCCAUUCUGCAUGCGAUCCAAAAUGCUGGUUAUGCGUCGAGUUAGAGAAUGGUUUUUUGAUACCGCACUUCCAAUUAACAAGAACUGCUUACUAAUAUCGAGUUUGACAGCCAACAUAACUCCUCUGCCGUUUACCGGAAGAUUCAUGCACCAAAGCAUGUGCACUUUUUCGCUAGUUUAACUAGUACAAAGGCAAGAUAAUCACCGAACAAUAAUUGUUGCGUUUCAUAUUUUUAUGAACGUUGUCUUUAUAAUGACAUUUUUUCUUAACAGCGGCAAUUUACACAUGAAUCUCCUUGUUAUGAGGAACGCAUACGCAGCAUACAACUCGCUCAUUGCUUCCGUUCUCCUUAAAAUUCCGCAUUAAAACCAGAGCAAAGCGAGGGUAGGUGAACGUAGAGGCAUUAGCCUACCAAGCACUCUUCCUUCUCUGUGUCUGUAACGCGCCUGCUGGUUGCCAUUACUUAUCCGAAGCGGACCUGCGCAUUUUGGUCAUCUUGUCCACCAGGGUUGUCACAGGAGACAUAUUAAGGAACAGCCGUCGCAGCCUGACUCUAUCCCGCUCUCUCACGAACCAAGUACUCAACGUGUUGGUAGCCUUUCAAGCCAUAAUUUUUAAAGCCCACAGUCUCAGUUCUUGUGAAGAAGCGAGACACAGGAUCGGUAUUACUCUGACAGACCCAAUUUCCAUCCUCUUCCAGUCGAAGGACUAUGUCGAGAAUUUCAAAGGUGCCAUACAGUAGAUGUGCUAACUCAUGAAAUGUCAACCACAAUUUCGAAAUGCGUUCUCGUUUCGAAAAGAUAAAUUAAGUGGGGUUGUAAAACUUCUCAUGAUGCAACAUAAAUCUAUCAUGAUCCAGUUACCUCAGGGUGUCGGCUUUCGAGAGAACUUAUUUUCGGCUGCAUGCAAAAUCUAUACACUGCAAAAAAUGACUACUUACAUAGUAUGCAAUUUUCUCAUUGAUUUUCGAUGCCCUUGAAAAUUCAAUUAUAUUUCAUGGAAAACAUGCAUAAAAAUAUUCAUUCUUUUACUUAUUUGGUAGAAAAUCACGUCUUCUUUCUAUUUAAUACUCAAAAGAAGAGUAUAAUUCGGUUUUAAAAAACUUUUUUAAUUCCCGAAUAAUUUUGAACCCGACCUGCUGUUACACUUGCAUUCAGGGUUUCAAAACUACAAGCGGUAUAUUUUCCGUCUACGGAAAACCAUGCAUUUCUCUACGGUGUUAAGAGGAGACCAUAUGAGGUUCAUAAAAUUAAACAGUUGCUGUGAGCAAUAUUGUUAACUUUACAAGCCACAUUCGUAAAUGCAGAUACAUGACGUUUCAUGAACGGCCGUUUAGCGGUUAAAAAAUCUCACAAUAAGAAACUUUUUAAAAACCGAAUUAUACUCUUCUUUUGAGUAUUAAAUAGAAAGAAGACGUGAUUUUCUACCGAAUAAGUAAGAGAAUGAAUAUUUUUAUGCAUUUUUUCCAUAAAAUAUAAUUGAAUUUUCAAGGGCAUCGAAAAUCAAUGAGAAAAUUGCAUGCUACUUAAGUAGACAUUUUUUGCAGAGUAUAGACCUUGCAUGCAGCUGAAGGCAAGUUCUUUCCAAAGCUGACACGUUGGGGUAACUGGAUCAUUAUAGAUUUAUGCUGCAUCAUGAUUAGUUUUGCAACACUACUUAAUUUAUCUUUUCGAAACGAGAACGCAUUUCGAAAUUGUGGUUGACAUUUCAUGAGUUAGCUCAUCUACUGUAGGGCGUCGGGAUUGCCUGUUCAUAUCAUGGUUGGACAGGGGAAUAAGUACUUUCCUGCUACAGGUGGUCUUACGCUGAAUUCCAGGAGGAAGGUUCCUUUUCUCGCGCCCCUGCCUUAAUCAUAAUUCGAACACUAGCCCUCAAACCCCCAACCUAACCUUAACCCUCCAGAAUUCGGCUCAAGGCAACUUAUCACGGGAGAGAGAUACGCAUUCCAGAGCCCUAUCCAUAUUUUCAGCCUACGCAUGCUAUACCAAGAUACUAGUCCCACCCGCAAGAGAAACACACCUCCUUUUGUAAUCUAAAGUAGGCUUGUAAUUUGGGUGUGUGGGAUUAUACAUUAUUGGUGACCCGGUUCUUUUACUUUCUACUCGAAGGAUACAUUCUGCCUCGUCUGGACCGGAUAUUUUUCGGGUGUGGCAAGGUGUUUAAAUCGUAAAUUCCGGUCGCUUCCAUGUACUUUCUCUGCUCAAAUGAGUUUUGUCCAAUCUCUACUUACAUUCCAAGUCCUUGUGCUUGGAGUGACAUGGAUGGAUUGACCAUUAAAGUUUAGAAAUCCCUCCACUUUAGAAGGUGAAUGGCUCGGUUGUAAUCCGUGACUUUCUUAAAGACACUGGUUUUCCCCGCGUACGUCGUCGGCCGAGUUCCUGGUGCAGAUGCAGCAGAUCGGCACUUAAUAAUUUAAUACGGCCGCCCUCAUGACUUGUUUAACUGAUCCUUAUGAUUUGAUGCACGGUGUUAGCCCAUGCGCCACAACAUUUAGCGAGGAAUGGAGGUCCCGGUGGUACACAGCCGUGGAAAUCCCAUGAUUCCCACUCUAUAGCCCUGCAAAAAUGCGCUGAAACGCAAAUAUGGCCCAGUGCCUUAUGUCGGACCAGUCCGAUAUUUUGCUGGCAGGUUCUUGCCACGUGCGGCUACUUACGCUGCCUGAGAUAUUACGGUGGAAACUGGGAGAAGCACUGAUUUUGUGACUACAUUUUAGUAACAUCGACCAUUUGCCAGAACUUUAGUCCUGACAAUAUGAAACUUCCGAAUUCUUAAGGCCGUUAGUUACAAGGAAAACCUUCUUACGGCUGAGGUUAUGACUUGACACUAAGAGCGGGUAAACUGGUUUAAAUAAAUAUAUUUGCUUUACGAUUUAGUUCACUGGAGAUUCAUGACGGCACAACUGAACGAGUGAGUUCCGUAAGAACGAUCGGUGAGCGCCCUUCUAUCAUUGUAUAUUCCCGAUCGAAACCGACAGGACAACGGGCCCGUGGCCCAGUGGUUAGAGGCGUUAGACUCUUAACUAACAGGUCGCGUGUUCGAGCCCCAGGUGUUUCACAUUUCGGGGUUAAGUAUGAAUGGCUGACGACAGCUAAUAAGCCAGAAAUGGCCAUUCCAGUCUCCCUCUUCUUUGUCGGCAAUACCAUUCGGCCUAUAUGUAAGUCUGUAUAACUUGACACUGCGAGGGUAUUUAGGAUUGGUCAGUUGUCUCUGAUAUUGUCAGACGUGUAAAGAAUCCUAUCAGCGACAAAGUUAAAAGGGACGCAUCUACGAUCGACUGCAGCCACCUCCUUGCCAGCUUAAAUUUCAAAACAAUAUUUAAUUAGUAUUGAAAAGACCCGCAAAAAGGAAUUGGCCUGCAAUGUGCAGAACCGUUUUGUAACGCCCAAGCUAGUUGAUAUAUCGGAGCCAUCACCUGUAGGACAGCAGAAAAUCGGAAAUCACAAAAGAACGGAAUUUAUUCUGUGCAUGGUGUGCUAUUGGGCGUUUUAGCAGAACCAAAACAUGAUAGACGUUCAUGUUUAAAAGUGAGCAUUUAUCCUCUAGAGUACUAAAAGAGACGUCCGCUACAGCAGCUUAAUGUAGUAAACAUUUGUCGCAGGGUCUACGGACGAUGACAAGGCCGAAUCAGAGUCCGUAUCUGACCCAAUUACCAUCACCUGUUGCCUCUAGUUUAACAUGUGGUAAGAAGGAGGCUGGGUUUCUUGGUAAGCCCUACGAUUACUUUAGCAAAUCAACUUAUCGCUUGAUUUAGGAGAUUGUUUGGCAACUGUAUUUUUGACAAAUUGCUGUCAGGUCUGUACCGUUAUAUAGCAAGGGAAGUGGCUACUUCCUUCGGCGUUAUCAGAUCGGGGUGCUUCAGAGAUAGGUGGCUCGCAAGCAAUUUGUUUCUGCAAUGUGUAAACCCAGAUCCCCAUGCUCUCGCCGGAUAUCUUUUUCAGCCUCUACUAAUCAUUCUUUGAUUACCAUGUUAAUGCAGAUAGUGAAAUUCUGCAUGGCUUAACAUGCCUUAUAAGAGUGUAAUAAAGAUAUAGGUUUGUCUAGCAGUUCUUAAAUUGCUGUACGCUCGCCACAAUGUGACCGCCUGCCGUGGUUUAAAAUGUCCUUUCAAUACAAAACGGGGAGAACGUACUCGCGCCUUCAUUCGAUCGGUGAACGCCACUGUCACGUGACUUUAAAAAUACGGCGUACUCCGGUUAAUCCAACCGCCCCCUUAUUGUGUCAGCCGCUUAUUCGGGCUAAACAUAUCUGAGGGGCAGAUGAGAUUCACAACCACGAAUUGAUUUUGCCUACCAGGGUCACCACGUCGCUCAGGUGGGUUGGCCAUUGUCCAAAGUCAGAUUUCAGAGGCCCGUGGCCGCUCCAGCAGUCUGAAUUUUGGACAGUUAAGGAGAUUAUCUGAUAGCUGAAGUUCACCCGAGUGGUUUGCAUAGGCCCGCAGCCUGUUUGACACAUCAGACACGGCGACAAGGUGUCAAUGCUGGUGAUGACGCGUUAUUCGGUGGUGUAGCCUCGCAUCUUAGGGCGGACGAGCAAGCGAGGUUUUGCGUUAUUGGCUCCUGGAGAGGGGGGGGGGUAGGGGUGGACGAGGAUAGAGCUUGCGGCGCCUAUUGACCACACGCUGGUCAUAGAUUGGCCCAAACUAACCUACCUGGUGGCGCAGCAUUGGGACGUUGAGAUGAGACUUGACGCUGACUGACGAAACUGCCCCACUGAAUUAAUUGGGCGCCCUGACAAUGUUAAAGGUCCACCUUGCUUUUCGGGUACAACACAGCCGCCUGAAAAGAUUAAAGGCAGGUGCAUUUCUAACGACUUCUAGGCGACUGCUCCGACCGGUCGGUUCAUAUGUCGUCUUAUCUAUAACCGUGAAAACAAACGUAGGAAUGGUUGAACUCCAGCCACCCAGUACGCCCCCCCACAUGAGUCCAUUCGGCGAUUGCAUGGAAUCAGUGUAACAGAAUAUGGGCAACUAACUUGUCGAUCUCAACAGGAAGGCUGUCUCCUCUAUCGAAUGCAUUCAGUUUUUUGCUGAUGUCUUCAUCGGUGGGAGGAUCAGGUGAGUUCUCUCCCGGAUCACAGGUGAAGAAAGCUGCGACCGGUUGAUCGCCAGUUUUAUUUUAGACACGUAAUCACCAUCGUAAACGGAUUUAGUCGGGACAGGGGGUCCAGCGCAGAUAUGGAUCCCCGUAUCACAAGCGACUCUGCCGUAAAUUCCAGGGGGAUAGGUUUUGUGUUAGGGCUACUGUUAAGGUUGGGAUUAUGAGGGUUGGCGUUAGAGCCGGGGAUAAAGGCAGGGGGAUUGUAGUUGUGGUUACCGUGGAGUUAAUACUAAAGUUAUGACAUGGAAAUAGGUACUCCUUGUAAUUUUGGGCGAAAUCACCUGCAACACGUAUGGAGGGUCCAUAUUUCCGUGUCCGACGCAGACUUUGACGAUUACCUUUCGGUGGUGGCUUGCUCAUCAGUUUGAAGUGUGCUGUUUAGUUAGAUUUUCGGUUUCUGGGACACCAAUAUGCUGGGUCGCCACAAUAAGAGUGGGAAAUGUCGAUGGAACUGAAGUCAUGAUUGGUAGACUGACCAAUAAAUGCACCUAAGGGAAACAAAACUUCCCUUUCUAGACAACCCUGAGUUUAAAAGACUCAUUCAACGGAAUUAUAAGUGAUUUUGAAGAAUCACGUCUACAGUUUCGAGUUAAACUUUACCUGUAAAGUUAGCUUAUUUCGCAAUUCGAAAUGGAAUUAACCAUGGUCUUUAAAUUUUAUCUGCCUAACUUUCCUUCUUAACAUAAUUUCUCCUAAUGCUCAUUCUUAAGCCAUUCAGCUGAAAAUUUCCUGACAAGCUGAUUUUCCAUUUUAUUUAUUACCGGUCACCCAGUUCAUUAACAUUAUCACUAAUGUGGUCAUACCAUGAAGGUUUCACGUGGUUUUCUUCUUUGCUCUACGAGGCCACUCUGUAAGGGACACAGCAGCAUUCAAUUUACUGUGGAUAAUAUCUGAAUACAGGUUCAUUCUUUCCAAGGAAUCAAUUCGCUGGAGUCCAUAUCCUGAAGUCCGAAAAUCUUACAUCUUCAGUACCUGAAAUCUGACCUCUUAUUCAGAGCGAUUAUACCAUAAAGGCUGGCAGGCUUUAGUGGGCACAAAUCCUAUAUUUAGAACUCUUAAUAUGCCCGACGCAUUCAGGAGCUUUGAUAUCAAUAGGGGCCAAUCGUGCUCUCAGUCGUUGUAUUCAGUUCCGUUGCACUGGAUUUUCGUUGGGGACGCUUUCAUUGACUGCUUUUCAGCGGCUGGAUAUGUCAUCCCAAUGACUUCUUUGUACCGUCCCUCCUCCUGGUGGUUACCAUGGACUUUCUCCCCUCUGUCUCCGAACGUUCUUUCGUCUUCCCGAUAAUAUCCCUGACUUUCGUUUCACCCUGUGUUAUCGCUCUGUUAUCCGUGGAUUGACUACUUUAGCCCUAUGACUUAAGAGCUCGAAGCAUAGUAGGAUAAAAUUGUUUUGAUAACGAUCUGCCUGCACUAGAAUAAAAUGUCCUCGGGCGAAAUUAAACAAUUUUUUGAAAAGUUGUAGCAUACCUUUCCGUCACCUUUGACUCACUUUUUGAAUUUUGCACAAAGACGUUUAUGUGCAAUAAUCUGUGCAUGGUACGACAUGGCACAAUUAACCUAUUUCUGCCCCAUCCGGCAGAGAAAAGCCAUUAAAUCUAGUGUCGCGACUGCGAGAUUCGAAAGUAGAGCUACCGCCUCUGGUAACUCUCCUAGCACAGAAUGUUAUUGCCGACAAAGGCGAGGGUGACUGGAGGGGCCAUUUCUGGCUUAUUAGCCGUCGUCAGCCAGUCAUAUCCAACUCCGAGGUGUGGAACACCUGGGGCUCGAACACGCGACCUGUUAGUUAGAAGUCCAGCGUCUCUAACCACUGAGUUACGGGCUCGUUGCCCGGUCCGUUUCGAUCGGGCAUUUACAAUGGUAGAAGGGCACUCCCCGAUCGUUCUUACGGAACUCACUCGUUUCCUUGUGCCUUACGGGCUCUUUCUCGAACCCAACCAGCAGCCGCACAGCGGCGCAUGAUACAGCCGAGAUGAUGUGACAACCUGGGCAUGGACGCGGCGCUCUUUCGCGUAUUUAUUUCGAAUGUUUUUGCGAAGAACAUUCUCCCAGAAUCUCCGACAGCUUUGCCCUGCCAAUUCUGAGUCAUAAUCCUUAAAAGUUCAAACUGCUGUGCCUACAUUGUAAUUAGUGCAAUGCAUGUGAUAUCCAGCAACUAGUCAUGUUUAAGGACUUCGUAUUUCCAGAGGCUUAACUGUAGGGGGCUAUCAUUCCACUGUUAUUCAAUCUGACUUUUAGCUUUCAUCUACGGCUUCGCGAAAUCGUGCUGAAUGCAGCGUCUACGUUCCAGGUAGCUCAUGACCUGGUAUGCAAGCACCUAUGGGAUUUCGCUGGCGUAGCUUGUCUCGGUCACUAGGAGGCAGUUAAACAUGUUGUGAUCCGCAUUAACACGGACUGCGUGCCAGGCCAAGAACCGGGAUCGAGCUAGCCUCCAAUAGUCUUAGCUUGUCCUUGACAUUGGGGCACGAUGGGUGUUAGAGAUUAGUGCGGGGCCAAUCCUGCACAAGACCCUCUAUCUAUAAUCCGGUUCACCCGCAGGUUGCCGCUGAUUCCCCUGGUGUGUUGGUGGUGGUGGUGGUGGUGGUGGUGGUGGUGGUGGUGGUGGUGGUGGUGGUGGUGGUGGUGGUGGUGGUGGUGGUCAGUGUCGUAUCAAACGGACGAACGGUCAGAGUUCGUCUGUUUACGGCCGCUUAUAAUAAUCAUUCGUUCUUAUUCCACUAUUUAUAGACGAUCAAGCACAAAAAAUGACGCAAAAUUCGGGCCACAGCCUUCAAUCUUCUUCUAUUCCCUCAAAUCCUGUCAUAUCUCGCCUUCACGCCGGUAAGGAUUCUGAGGAGAGCGCUUUCAUCGAGUCGCUCCCGUUCCUCUUUCAGAGUCUGGAGUAUAGGUAAGAUCUAAAAGGUGGUUUGUGUUGUUGCGUUAUCAUAAUUUGCUUUAUCUGGUUAUUUGAAUAAGGCAAAGGCGACAAAGCAUGCAGAAUUUACUGACGUCAUAAAUUUCGAGACCUCUCUCCUCCUUCCCCCCUCGCCAUGCGCACCCGCAUACUAGACCCAUGUUUCAUGUUACCUAUCACGUUUUGUCUCUCUAGGUCGAUCACUGUUGAACAGUUUGCCUUGUCAUAUAACCGUGUGCGGCUGAAUGAGAGGUCUCGAAAUUUAUGACGUCAGUAAAUUCUGCAUGCUUUAUCGUUUUUAUCUACAGUUAGUGACCUAGCUCAUGAAAUGUGUCGAAAUUUACGGAUGGUUGCCAAUCACUCGCAAACCGACACCAUUUCAUGAGUCCAAUGUCUACGUUACUUAAGUACAAGUUUAAAAGACUUAAAAAAAUAAAAGAAAUAUUAAAGACAGUGUUGCGUUGUUUAGAAAUUCCGAUUUAUUUUGAAAAGCGCAAUAUCCCGAAAACGCCAGAAAUGGCUCUAAUUAAGGAAAGUUCGUUUUUAGAUGUAUAGAAUGUAUUCUCAUACCAGAACGUAGUAACUAUGAAUGUAGACAUAAAAUAACGUCUAAUAACAGUGUUUAGUGAAGUUUACAUCUAAAUGUCGUUUAAUAAGUAGCGUGAUUUCAUAUAUGACUGUUUGCCACCUGCCUACGUUCCGAGUGUACAUUUCAAAACAGUUUUCCAGUGUUUCGUUUUUAAUUGUAUUUCCUUGAUGUAAGUGAGACCUGGCUCAACAAGAGAAGCUGGAUUUUGCUUGAUUUAACCGAUGGGGACGUCGUAGGAGCAAAAGUUUUCAUAAGGUGACAUGCCAUGAGGCCGGUCGGUGCCUAAUAAAUUUAUAAAGAACUGACAGGCGUGAUUGUAAACAUACCAUUUUGUGAUUCUAGAAUGAACUUUUCUUCCGUUAAAUUAAUUUACAUUUCCCGUUCGUUUUGGAUUACGUUGAGUUUCAGCUGGGCUUCCAUAUGUUGCUAAAUACUUCAUGAUUUUCAUUUUUUUUCACUCGAUCUUCCAUAAAGACAGAUUCUGAAUCACCUGUAUGUUGAGAAUUUUAAAGUAAGAUUAUUCUUGAAGGCAUUUACUGAAUUAUCGAGUGUUCGAGCGCUCCUAUUCACGCAGAUGAUCGUUUGGGUCGCACGUGAAGACUCGUAGUUAUGCUAUUUGUGACUUACACAGCAAUCAUCGAGAAUGUCACCUUUGCGAUUUAUCCAGUGCUUCAAGCAAGACUUUAUUCUGGCUUUCAUAGAACUUUCCGUUGAACUAACAAACUCUUGGAUGACUUGUGUUGUUACGUUUCAUAUCUUCGUUGAGAUACACGGUCAAAAGAGAUGAUUAUGCUCAUAAACAGCAGGACGGUGUUCUGAAAUCUACUCUUCGUUCAAAUUUCGAAGUUCACUUUUAGGAAUCGUUCAAAUUUUGAUACAAAAACCAUGCCCUCAGCACGCAAGUCGCCGUUUGAGGGUUGUCAUAUCUGCCAGUCAACCACGCGGUGACCGAGGACACAUCUGAUAUAAUGCGAUGACUCUUCGGAUUGAAGCGGACUAACAAACUGCGAGUCACCAGGCUAAGUGUCGUGUGAGUUCGUCACCAUACGAUCGGGCCGCGGAAACUCAGCUGAAAAGACCUCCAAACGCGAAACAUACUCGCCGUACUACUAAAGAUUGGCCUAUGGGGAAUAAUUGUUAGGGAAUCUGAUUCCACGGCGAUAUUGGUUCGGUUAAAUUUCAGUAGCAUGUAUAUACCUAGUAGAUGUGCUAUUUCACGAAGCGUUGAAUGAAAUUCUGAGAUGAUUUGCCGAUUUGAAAGGGUUGUUUAAGUAGGGUGGUAACAUUAAUUUUCAUGCAGCACGAUCCCAGGAUAUUUUAGUCACACUGGGGUGCCGGCUUUUGAUCGAGCCCCCUUCCGGCGGCCUAUAAAAAUAUAACUGUAAAAAAUGGCUACUUAAGUAGUUUGGUUUUUUCACUUCGAUUUCCGGUGCAGUUACAAAUUUGAAUGCACUAUAAGAAAAAAAUGCGAAAAAUAUUUAUCUACUGUACUCAGUUGAUAGCAAAUCACGUCUCACUCAGAUUUUGCACUCGAAGAAGGAAUUUUCAUACACGUUAUCUUUAGUGUAUUUGAAUUUAUAGAGGCACCAAAAAUCAAAGCGAAAAAAACUAUACUACUUAAGCAGUCAUUUUUUACAGUUCAGUUCUUACAAAAUGCCAGAAAGAGGCUCGAUCAAAAGCCGGCAUCCUACUAUGAAGAAAAUAUCCUGGGAUCACGUCGCACGAAAAUUAAUGUUAGCACCUUACUUAAGCAACUUUUUCCAAUCGCAUGUACAUGCUAUGUCCCGGCGGGUGGAUAACGAGGGAGGAGCGCGGGUUGUAGGGGCAACCCUUCUAUUUUGACGGUCCGAGUAAUAAGUUUCGAACGCGCUAAAGCACGCAUUUGUUAUCGGACUCCUAACGGCCCUGAAACGCCUUAGACUUUGGCGUGCUGGUCGUUGAUUAUCUCUUUCGCGCUCAACAAACUCUAGCGGAAAAACCGCGAAUAUUUGGACUUUCUGCCUGAGAAAAGACACUAAGGUUGCUUAGUGAUGCAGUACAGGCUGAUUAGCUAGCUGUCUGUGCGUGUACGUUCUGCAGCCACCUUGGCCUGAUGUGCGUACGUGGCCGUGCUUCCUUUCGCUCAAAGUCGUAACUUCAUCCUGUUUCCGCCCUCCGCAACUGUUUACUUUUCGUGCGUAAUCGAUCAUAUCCUUGACCCCCUAUAACUUCAUGCACCUCCCUUAAUGCUCAAUUGUUUUGUGGCCUAGAUUAAAAAGUCACAAAUGUCCUUUGAAAUCCUGAAACAUUUCCAACGUGUACAAGGCAGAUUGGAAUGGCCGUUUUAAUCAAAACAGCCGACAUUAUCCAGUAGAACUUCAUCCCCCUCGACCAUUGGGGACCUCAUGUUUGCUGGUCACCCACCAUUUGUUUCAAGGAGACUAGCAGUUAUACCAUGAACCCACGCCCGGAUGUUGCCAUCAAGAAUUUUCAGUAAUAUGGGACUUCAGCGUAUACACACCGCUGGACAGAAUUUGGCUGCACAGUGAAAACCACCCACGCAUGUCAAGCUACAAUAUAAGAAGCAUUUAUGAGCCCAAUAACAUAACAUAUUUUCGCUUUUAUCUUUUUAACUUACUGGAACUCCGACCUCCAGAACGCCUCGAAAUGCCAUCUAAAUAUACGAAAUUCAACAUGUACAGGCUCUUCCAUGUCAUGUGUCUCGUUGUCGCCGUUAAACAUAAGCUAUUUGAGUUUGUGUAUAGACAUGUUGGGCUGGCGGAAAUUGUUUGCAAUUGUUUGCCGCGAGUAGAUCGGUGCAGAAGAAUUAAUGCCAAUGCCGCAAUCCACGCAUUGGUAUUCGAGUAUUAAAUGCUCCCGGACCCCGACAAACUCUUUAAACAAUCAGUUUUCGAGGGAUCGUUGUCUAUUCCCCUACACAGAAUUCAGUCAUUUAUGUCCUCAUAAAAGUGUUCAAUUCACAUCUCUGUCUCUCUAGGGCUCUACACUAGGCAAACUACGCUUACCCUCCUGGUUUAAAGGAAUUUGGAUGUAAAUCUACUGCCUCAAUAAACCGGACUUUGUGUCCAUUAUCCAAUGCGAGAUAAUAGAGCCUACUCCUUAUAUUGACAUACCCGAAUGCGAAUGCAUACUGACCGGGCGAACAUUGUUCGUACCGUAUGAAGGAGUUGCUAGCACGCAGUGCAGUAGAGCAAAUAAUCGAUUUCCACCAGGCUCGACGUUAUUGAAAUUGCAUUAGGCAAUCUACGCACAUACAGCUUCCCUGCGUAUUUGCCAAAACUGUGAUCUACGGACUUCAGAGGAUGUUAGGCGUAAAUUACUUUGUAGCAGCACUUACUUGAGGAGAAAACUCAUGAAGACACACUAGUUGGAGGUGCUGAUGCCGAAAUUCGGUUCGAUAAUAAUGCCAACACACUUGCAAGGUCCCAACUACAAACUGCCUGCAUAGUGUAUAUACAUAUGCUUGAAGAGUUGCAGGCAAAGCCCUUAAUGGCCUGUUAAUUUACAGAUAAUUUGCAUAUUUACAAUCAGCAGAAGAUCGCAAACGGUUAAAACUGUAUUCGAGUCAAAAGACGAUACAAUAAAAACGAUUGUUCUUGUUCAAUUUAUGAAUCAGUGCGUAGAGGAAGAGCGGACCACGAAAAGCCUUACAUGAUUGGCUGUAAGAAAUCGUGUUGUGGAAGACGUGUUUUCUCAGAACUCUUGUAAUCUAGUUUUCUUUUAAAACCAGACAUGGUGUCGCCUGUCACCAUCUCGCUUAAUAGCAAGCUCCAUGGCCUGACUACUCGUUGGUUGACGAAACAUUUUCUGAGAUCUGGUCGCGUUCACUUGCCUCUGACCCUGUGCUGAUGACCGCGCAGGUGAGUUGUGCAUGCAAAACCAAAACUCCCCAGUUUCAACGAGCAAUUAUCGUCAUGAACAAUCCGGACUGUCCAGAUGAGGCUAUGCAUUAAGGGCCUGCAUGAUAAGGGAAAUAAUUCUAACUCUUUCAAUCUGUCCUGGUGCGAUAAAUCGUUGAGACCAUCGACCAUCUUUGUUGCCCCGCAUUGAAUCUAUUCAAGGAGAUCAAUAUCUUUCUUCAUCCACGGUGUCCGGGCUGGCAUUCUGUAAUCCAAAUGUGUUUCCUUUAAGACGCCAAAUAUUUUUCCGAGGAGUUGAGGAGGAAGUAUUCUAAAAGCACCUCUGAUCCAAUGCAACAUACUGGUUGCCUUCUGAACCACCUUAUUACAGUGUUCUGACGGCAUCUAAUUCGCUGCCGUCCACAUGCCCAGAUCUCCUUGCUUUGUUAUAUCUUUUAAUGCAGUACCGUGAAGGAAACACUAGUGUUUUGCAGAGACCUACCGGCUGACAUAAAGAUGUAGGACCACGCAUUCGGACACAUUAAACUUAAGACGCCACCCGUUCGAUCAAACGCUCGGUCUGCCUCUGUUCGACGGCAAUUUUUGUGCGUCUUCGGGACAGUUGACUUCAGCGCAUAUUUUUAUCCUCGGCAAACAUGACAGCUUCACGAUUCAGCUCCCUCAUACAGUUGUGCACAUAGGUCAGGAAGAGCAGUGGGUCUAGAGCAGAUCCACUACUAAGUAGAAUCGUCAACUAAACUCUCUGCGCUCUAGGGAACGGGAGGCCUUAGAUCCAUUUGGGCAUUCCGCCUUGAAUUUCUGUUUCCCAAAUCGUUUGUAAGAGAAGUUGGUGUGGUACACUAUCGACGGUCUUCCUGAAGCCAAAAGUACUGCAUCCAUUGGACUGCCCCUGUCUGCGACCCUCGUAAGUCUUUCAUGCUAGCCAAGAAUACGCCUGAGGGAAGACCGUCCUCGGUGAAGGUCAUGCUGGACAUCAUACAAUAGGUCGUUUUCCUCCAAAUAGGCCGUUGGGUAUUUUUUUAUAAUGUCCUCCAUUAUUUUGCAGGAGAUGCAUGCUAGACUAAGUAGGCGGUACUUUUCAGCAUUUAUCCCCCAUCCUCCCUCGUAGGUUGGGGCGAUAAGUGCACUCUUCGAUUCGUCUGAGAGGUUGCCUACUUCUGAAGACUCCUGGAAUAGUGGUUCGCAUAGUUUAUUGGCAGGUUACCGAAGUGUGAUUGCAGGUAUUCACCCCGGAUAGGGCGAUUUUGUGUUUGCGCUUGUUUUUAUUUCCAGGCACUGAGUAGAGGAACGAAGAAAAUGGACACAGCUGCUGUCUCACUCUUCUCCUUCUUCGUCAGUUCACCUCUGUUAUUGGUUACCCAGUCGCAUUGUGACACGCAAAUGUUUGCCUGUUCCACACCCACACCACCAAAUUUGAUGCUUGUUUACUCCGCGAAGCCAGAUGGACCAGCGUGAGCUCGCGGAAGGAUAUUCACUUUCUUCAGCCGUUGCCAUAUACGGUUCACGUAAACACCGUCUUAAUGCGGUAGGUUUCGACAGAACGUAAGAUCUAGGGGUAUCAUCAGAACACCAUUUCGAAAGAAUUCUGCAAUGGUCAACAAUGAACUAACUGCGGAGAAGGACUACACCCAAAUGUUAAAUUUAUGCUGAAUCUGGUGGUACUCGCAUCAGGCAGGUGUCACAGUGUUUCACUUGGAGCGAGCGCGUUCGACUGGAAGAAUGUCAAGCCUAGCUUACGUUCCUCCGAUAAGGCCUGCCGAUGCAAAUGUUCGUUAGUACAUCAGUUAACGACGGAGAACUACGCAAACAUACAGGAGAUGUAUACUACUGCCACGAUUACCUGGACUGACACAGGGAGCGUUCUGCUGUCGUUAAAAUUUCGGUUUAAAGUGAGUGGAACCAGCCGGUUUUAAGAAAGCGCAACUGACGCUUUGCACUUACUUUGAUAUUUUCGAGCAAUUCGAAUGUCCUAAGCUACUGGCUACGUAACUCAGCUCAUAGCUUUUGUGUUUUUAUGUGUAUUGAACGUCCAGGGACUGGUAUGGAAGCGGACAGGGAUACUUCGAAUGCGGAAGUUUGCCAGGGCGAUUUAAGGAAGUCAUCUCGGGUCGAGUUAAGCGGUCUCAGUGCCACUAAAUCCAAAGUGAGCAGCCGUAGGAGGCGUUGGAGAACUCAACAGUUGUGCCGCCUAAAAGGGACCCUCGAAGGAUGGAAUGGAAUAGAUAAGAAACUGACGGGCAGUGGUGUACUCUUUUGGAAGUUGAAUGUUUGAAAGUCAGUAGGACCGGAGGACACAAAGUGGCGCCUUUAACAUCAGAAAGUAUAAAAGUAAGGAUUUCUUAAUGUGGGGAAGUCAUGUUUUGGGGUUGUACAGAAGACUAAGAGCCAUAGAGCGGACUGAGCACUUUUCCCCUCAAUUCAGAAUGAAAAAAUUGAAAUUUGCUUAUUCAAACUUGUUCCGAGAGUAACGCAUUUCGGUAAGAAUAAAGUAUAUGACCGGAGUAGGGUUACUAUCGUGAACUGCCUAUCUACAUAGUCGUUGUUCGGCUGAGUUCUCGUUCGAAGCCCAGUCACGCUCUUCGACGGCUCUAAGCCCGGCGGAAUGACACUCCUUGAAGUAAACCGCCUAGAGGACACAGUGCUGCAAACGUGUCAGUAUACACUUAUCGUUCUGCACCCCCACAGGCAAUUCUUCAGUAAAAGGGAACAGACUUGUCCGCAGUUGGGGGGAUGCAAGAGUCGUUUUUCCAUGCCUAUUCCCACCGUCCACAUCGCCGUCCUUUCCGGGCAACCAAGGGAGAACAUUAUGACACGACCUAGUCCCUUACGUCCGCAAUACGGUCCGCGCUGUUCAGCCCAGAUCAAAGGCGUGGUUAGAUCGAAGUUGUUAACCAGGAAUGAGGAGGCGGACAGCCAGGUCCCCCUCGUACGGGAAUGGUGGGAAAGAGGUUAUGCAGGUGGAAUAAAUGAAAGGGCUGGUAGAGGAAUGGUGGAGUUUCUGGGAAAAAGUAAAGUUACCGAAGGAAGUGUUGGGAAGCAUUAAGAAUGUGGAAUAAUGCCAGAAAUUCAAAACCUAUCCUUAGCCCUAAAAUCCAACCCUCACCGCAACCGUAAAGCUCUCAAGCCUAAGCCUCCAAACCGAAAAGUAACCCAAAUCCGAAAACCCAACACUAACCCAAAACCUAGCCAUAACCCUAACCCUAACCUUGACCGUAACCCUAACGUGAACUAUAACGGGAACCUAAACCGUAAUACUGAAACCUGACCCUAAAAUGCAAACCCUAAUCCUAAAACUUAACCUACGCCUAACCCUAAACCUAACCCUCAAUUAACCCAUCAGCCUGACCGAAACGGGCGACCUGCCUAACUCAGUAAGAGCACACCUACUGAUAUCAAGUUCCCUAGACAAGGUAAGCACACCUAUGUGUAACAAGUACGUACGUCGACAGUAUCAACGUAUAAUGUCUGGCUACCAAAUGCGAUCUUACCAAAGGCGUUCCUACACCACGUCUACGUGGGCACCUGCCGCACUGCCGGACAUGGGGCCUCCUUCGCGUAGUUUCUUGUUAAGGCAUCCCCAGUACGCCUCUAUUGGGUCCCACCCGUAUAACCUUACUGCCACCAUUCCCUUAAGACACGCUUCACUGGUUACCUUUUUCUGGCCCUGAUCGUAUACUUUAUCCUUGUCCGCAUUUCUUCCAAGGAAGAAAAUUUUACUCAGCUUUAUUAUUUUUAUGGCGCCUACCAACACUGCCUGCAUCUGGGUCCUAAACAUUAAAAUUGUCAUCAAGGGCUGAUAUUAUUUAGAUUCGAUACAUUCACAUACCUACUCGACAUGCGUAAACUUUGGUUCCGUGCCCCCUUCCCGAUGCAGUGAAUUCGAGCUGAACCUUACAUGGUGGAACCAACUUCAUCCAUCGCAACCCAUACACACCUACCGUAUUCCAGAUGAACAACACGAGGCCUGCAGAGGCGAUAGCGAGAUAACUGCGGCGUCCGGUACGCAUUCUCAGACCGUCAACGUGCGCACGCAAAUUUCCCACUGUCCCACGGACUGUGUGUGGGUGUUUUGGGACAAAAAGUGGUUUUCGUGGAAAACGGCCGCGAUCCGCCUACGGAUCAUGCGAAACCUCAAUACUGCAAUCUCACAGGUGAGUAGUAUUGUUGAAUUUUCUGCGGCAGUUGGUGAAAAGUACUCGUCCCCGGGAACGAUAAAUGUCAGGACGGCAGUACAGGACAUGCCUGAGAAAUCAGAUAGUCUCAGAUCUUACCGAAGACGUAGGCCACUGGCCUGCAAUUAUAUUUGACCGCAAAUACUUCGCAACACAAUUUAUAUGAACAGUUUUCCGACUUAAAAGUUAAGCCAGUAAUUUCUUCAAUCUUUCAGUCGAUUUAAGCUUUUUUUAAUUACCAGAGAGUUUUAAUUUUACCGGGCUGCAAGGUCAAGCAGAUUACGUAGCUUUCGAACAGUGAGCUCGGACCACCAGCAGACCAGAUUGUCUGAUGAGGAAAGACUAGGACUGUGGUUAGGCAUCGUUUGGUAGGCAGUACUGGCAGCUGUCGGAAACAAACUCGCAGUCUUUAGGUGUGUUUUCGGUCCGAAGAGGAAAAGGUGAAUAUGGAUGAAUGCGAUGUAGGGACAGAUAGGAUUAUUUUGCUUUUAAUGAAUAUAGGAUUUAAAGUCUUUUAACCAGUUUUGAGGCGCAAAUGAGAAUAAUUUCAAAGUAGGUUGUUGUUCCUUUGACCUGAUCCACUUGCAGAGUAAUAUUUAUUAAGGCAGAGAGUUACUGUGCAAAUCUGCAUGUGUUGGUGAUCAUUCCUUCUACAUUCUUGAACAAGACAGAGUAGGUUUCACACACCUUAACCUCAGCUUAAUUUGAUCAGCCUCUGUUCAACUGUCUUCGGCAGUUUAAAACUGCUUUUUCAAGAUAAAAAGGAACUUGUCUAUUCCGUCCCGCAGUCGGUGAGCGCCACGCCACGUGACUUAAAUACGGCGAGUUCUGAUUAAUCAAACCUCGGCUUCAUCGCGUCAACCGCUAAUAUGAGUCACGUCUAUUUUAAGAGCAUAAGCAGAAAAUAUGCAGAACCGCGAACCGGGUCUGCCUAUUGGGGACACCACUACGCUUAAUUGGCCUUAACUAUCGAAUAAGAAUUGAAAGACAUGUGACUACGCGAGAUUUCUGAAUUUUUGACAGACCAGGUGGCGAUCUGUUUGCCAGAAGUUCAAUCAAACAUUGUAAUACGAACUGCUCUGCAGUCCAACAGGUCUUGCGCUAAAUUCCAGCGGGUUCCCAUUCCCGUCUUUUAACUUUAACCUAACCCCAAACCUAACUCUGCUAUCCCUAAACCCAAUGCUUACACGAACUCUCGCAAACCAAACCCUGGCCAUAACCCCAACUCUAACUUCCCCUGGAAUUUGAGGCAAGACCACCUGUAAAACUGGGGUGUCCACAUUGUCGUCCCAAUUCCCAAGUCCAGUCGAGUGGUUUGCAUAGACCUACAGCCUAUGCGGCGUCGUGUGUGACCCAUCGAGCAUGGUGAUGACAUCAUCCGGUGGGGCAGCUUGGCGGCUCAGGACGGCCAAGCAGAGGGGACAAGAUUAUAUCCAGCGCCUGUCGGUAAAUUGAUGUUCACCGGCUGACCAAAACUAGCUUCUAUCAGUCUGGCGAGACAAGGCUGUGACGUGGGGAAAAAGCGUAACUCUGACGGAUACGAUUGCCCUGUUUAGUUGGAACAGACGCCAACAGCCGAACAUUCUUCACCGCCAGAUUGCGGAGGAAAUAGGCGUGACAGCGUCUACAAGUGCUCGUUUGAAACGACGGCGAGAGUAAAUGGGGGGCGGGAAUGCACCCUGCCUGCUAGGUGCCACUGAGCGCCCAGAGACGGAUUCGGGCUGGGACGUACUCAGACGCUGGUGAAACCCUUAGUCACUCGUUCUUCAUUGUAGAUCUCAGCAACGGGUCAGCUGCUUAUUCACUGAGAGGAUUGGAUAUGCAGCUUACUUCUUUCAGCUUGUCGGUUGUGCCAAGUGGUUCUGUUGUAAAUAAUUGUAUUGGAUUUUGGACAAGCUACAUAAAACCGCCUAUAUGUGUUAUAAUCAUAAAAUGAUAGGUCUCUUCAUCUAUCCUUGAUCAUAUGAUGUGAUGAAUGUGGCAGCUAAUUAAAAAAUGCACGCAACAAUGCUAAUUCAACUGUUUGGCAUGAAAAGGAAAAUUGCUAUCGUUUUCGCGCAUAAAUACGCUAUGUUAACAAUGCCGCAAUGUUCCUUUUCAAAACUCUUGCAUAAAACAUAGGUUCCAUAUUUUUCUCGCAAGACAAAAAAUUGUCAUAUCAGAAGGCAAAAGUGGAAUUCUUUGAAUAAACUCCUUCCAUGCUAAGCUGAUUGUGUGGCAUUCAGUUGUCUUAAAAACCUUUACCUUAUUUUUUUUUGUUUUUCCCCAUUUCGACGUAAUCAAGGUUUGUAUCCAUAAGUCCGUAGCUCUUUUUUGAUACGGCAGUAUAAGACAGUUCGAUCGUCGUUACCGACGACGUCCACCGUGUGCUCCACAGCAAGGUGAGAUCAGGCACGGUGACUUGCGCGCGAACUAGUCCAUAGUGUUAGCAGGCUUGCACUGCAUUUACCACACCCACUGAUCCUUCCCCACCUGGGCUCGAUGUCAAGACACAGUCAAGUAGAUCGGAGGCGGGAAAGGGCGGAGGUGGUUGACACGACCGGACCCGCACCUAGGCGUACCACCACACGCCCUUGUCCAAAACAAACACGACAAAAAUCUGUCAGAAAGAGGAGGCUGGCACAAAUCACUGGGCAACCACGCACACGGCCUGUAUACCCAGCCGAAGCGCCAGCCCAUCCAUCGGCAGGGAACCACGUGCCCGAGAACCGUCAGCGCGCACCAGACUGCGAGAGCCAUGGCUUAUUGAAUCAUGACAUGGUAGACGCGCAUAAUCUUUAAAGCCCAGAAAGGUGGGACACGGCCCUGCAUUUGGCCUGGGUCAUCACCAUUCAAAGGCCGGGUAACAAGUAAGCCAUUGUCCGAGAGGCGCCACCCAUACACACACACACACACACACACACCUCACAUGCGUGACUGUGUCAGAGGUCACGUUGAGGAGCCGUUGCAGUCUGGCUCUCAACCCAUCAGUCCACAACUCCAUACACGCACAACCGGACAGACUGCGUGGACUGAGUUGAGGUGCCGGUCGGCAAUUUUCCAAGUCCAUCGAUUGGGGAGUGAGAGAUGUCGCGAUGUUGACGGAGCUGGCCACUGUAGUUGACACAGCGGCUGGGGCGGGGCGGAUGAUGUCGGUUAUUGAUGGCGGCGAGUUAGUGACAGUGUGAUCGUCGCUGACGGGUAUGCGAUACGAGCGGGAGUGGAAGAAUUUGACGUUGCUAUGUUGUUUAUGCAUUGCGUCCUACUUCUUAAUAAUACAUAGUGUCAGACUAGCGAUUUUAUCUUGCAACAAAUAGUUGUUUUAUUAAUGAUUCGAAAAGGUUGCUAGAAACCCUUUAACUUUCGGGUUUCGGUCAUUUCCUGUAAUCGUUGGUGUAAGAGACGGAUUUAGACGUUUUCCCUGUGUUUGGUUAAUCCGCGCUUUACUUUACUGCCAUAGUAUUCGUCAGUAUUUGAACCAGAAAUGGGCCAUUUGUCAACGGCACUUUAGGGCACAAAAUCGCACAGAUCUGCUAAUUUGAAUCCUAUAACUCGAAAAAAACAUCUGGUUCUUUUAAAAUAACCUUUGUUCUAGGAAGUUGAUUACCACGGUUACCAUCGCACAAAACAUUAAUUUCCAAAACCCCUGUUUAUUUAAACUCUCUGGAGUAAAUUACUCUCCUUCCAAGGGAAAACCAGUUCAGAUGGGCAACCGAAGUCCAGAACAGGUAUUAGCAUAGGAAGUUGUCGGAUCGUACCGCGACGUCCAUUUUUGACCAAAUUUAUGAAUAUUUUGCUUGAAACAAACUACGUUGACCCAAUUUCUGCACAAGAUGAGGACAUUUCCUAAAGGCGGCUGCGUGGGCAAACAAAAUGCGCAACGUUUAAGGCGUCCUAAAUUCUUGCACGAGGUUCUGUCACCAGGUUUCAUGAUAUAGGUCACGUAUUGUAACUAUUCGUAUCAUUUACUCUGGAUGCCCUGCAAAAUCUCAGCGUCUGGAGCUAACGCUAAUGGACAUCGACCGACGAAACCCCGCCUACACCCUUUUGCCUGAAUCACCCCUUUUGAUGGACCCACUUCCCGGCGAUGCUAUAGGACCAGUAACCGAAUCCCAAACCCUCCAGUCAACCAGUCCUAGCGAUCCAGAGCGCGGAAUCGGCAUUCCGGAGGACGCUUCCAAACGUCGUAUCCCCAGCCUAUCAUCAGAUUCGGACAGACAGACGGAUGGCACCUACAUUCGUUUCGGUUCCGGGUGAGUUAACAUUAAGCCUGAACUCGUGCUUACCACUUCAAUGCGGUCUGUCACUGUCAGAGAAUAUGUCAGAGUCGUUCAAACCCCACUCGAAUUCGCCACUUCCAGGCUAAUAAAACCUAUACCACCCUUCGGGUAGCCCAACACGACAGUUGGAUCGUCGCGAAAGACAUCGUCCAGCUAGAGUAUCACGGGGUGAACACAUCACCAACAGCCUCUAAUUUGCUGCAGCACACAUAUAAAGGCAGUUGAAAAUACAGCCUCUCCCACCAUUUCUUUCUUUGAUGUGACUUAACACCGUCAGCACACGCCGUGUCCUCUCCAGCGGCCACUGCUUAGACAGCAAUGGCAGAUGUUAUCCGCAGUAAAUCCCACAUUCUAGUGUUUUCGGCCAUAUCUUGCUAACUGAGACAUGACCUGACAAUUAUGACUCUCCGAAGUACAAUCGCCAUCUUAGACACCAAACAGUCACCAGAAGUCAAGGACUUGUUUGUCAAUCAUACAAAAUCUUGUCAACGUGAUUUUAAUAAUCACGCCAGUCGUUUUAUAUUGAAAAAGGCGCUGGCGAAGUUUCACGAGUGAAGAAGACAUUCAGCCUCUCGAUUGUUUCACGCCAGGGAAUCUAAAGUGUGCUCUGCGAGACUUAACCUCGAGGUUUCGUCGAGUCAACAGAGGCACUGCUCUUCUUCUGUACGCCAUCUUGCAUGCAUCAUAUGUUCCCACGUCGCUUAGGUAACCAAGUAGCGGGUGUGGUACAUUGCACUGGUGAUCUCCAGGACUAAAAAUCAGAGUGACAACGCUUACGAGGUAGUUUUUAUCAGGCAGGAGCACACAUGAGGCUGAUAGCCGACGCUGACAGGAGUCGGUAACCGGCUUAAACUGGAAGCGUCUGGAGGCCAUGCUGCUGAUCAAAUGACCAGCCGGCGACCUCCGAGCCGGCAACAGUAGGUCAUCACCAGCGCCAAUAAGAGAAGCGGUUACGGUGUGUGCAGCUGUCAGCACGGGCAGACAAAAGAAUUGGCGUAGUUCUGGAGCGGCGGCACACCUGAGCUCAACCCCAUGCGCUAUCAUAUGUGUACCUGCGUUUAACGCCAUUUGCUAAUUCGUUUUGUCGCUGCAGUCUACAAAUGCGACCCGUAUCAUGUGCUUUUAGUCCAUAAACUACGUUAGUACUGAAUCUGACCGAUACAGUGUACACCCUGGCAACCCAGGCUCGAUCGGAAUGGUAUUGCAAAUUAAAAACAUGCUAUAAAUCCCCAACAUAAACGCAAAACUGAUUUGCCACAACAAGGUGAGACCCUAGUUUACUUCGAAUUGCGUAGAGAUAAAGGGAAAUAUUUAUGCUUUUGUCUUCCAGUCACUUUUUUAUUAACCGAGGUACUUGUGUGUACCCAUAAGUCCAACGCUUCUAACUCUCGUUGUGACCAAUAGAUGCUCCAGAACGGGAACCACACGUACGGCACUGUCGAGGUUCUAAUUUUGCACAGUCUACCCUUGCUGCUGACUGUCUUCUAGAACUUUUAAAACCAAUAAAUAUUGCUGUCGAAACAAUACUCAGAGUCGGACGUUACCACUCGCCGCCUGUCAGAAUUCGGUGAUAGCGGUUUCGUGAUCUACGACUUUAAAAACUCAAUUAGAAGUUAUUUCACUUUACUGACCCCCUAAUGUCAUUUCUUCGUCCCCCUAGACCUAGUUCUCCAACCAACGACCCAAUGUCGCCACCGAGCUCGCCACCGAAGGAUAGAGCGUAUUUCUCCGAUGGUUAUGACAUUUUGGACGAAAUCGAAACCAAACGGAAAAAGAAGGUCUACCGACAGUGGGAGCGGUCUUACGAUACGCGCGCCUUCAAUCUCACUUCGGAUGAGCUGGUGAGAUGGUCAUGAUUUGGCUCAUGUCGCUCCAUGCGUCGAUCCAACCUAUUUGUUUGCCCUGGCUGUGCCAAGUAGUAUGCUCCCGGGUUUCCAAAGUCAAUCAAAUAGCCACACGUUUUCGCCAUUAAAUAACUGGGCGUGGCCACCGGUGUCAGUAACCAAAAUUACACCCGGACUCAUUUAGCCCCUUAACUCAAUGAAUGUUCCAAUUCUGCAGUGAUAAUCGUGUAUGUCGAAUGUAUCGUAUGGACCGUAGUCAACUGGAGGUCAUAGUUGGGAUAUUUGGCCACGUCAAUAGCCAUGCCCUCGGAUCAGAGUAGCAGCUUUCAUUGCAUUGUACGACAGUACGACCGUCAAUUUAGACGAUGUCCACCAUAGGGUCUCCAACAAGGUGAGAGCACGGAUGAGGACUUGCGCAUGACUCAGUUUAUAGUGGUAGUAGAGUUGAGCAGCACCUGCCGCACUCUCUCCUCCCACCUCGACCCGGUAUCAAGACAGAGUUAAAAAGACCGGACGUGGGAGAGAAAGCAAGUAGCGGACACGGUAAAACCCGCACCUAGGCGUACCACCACAAAUAUUUGACCAUAAUUUUUAACAACAACAACAACAACAACGAAGAAGAAUGGUGACGGCAGAGAUCCCAACAGGUGCGGCGUGAUCCUGCGGCUGGGCCUGUCACUGCACGCCGAAUGUUGGCAUUCCCGAUACCACCUGCCAGAAUCCGAUGCGGCCCCCGUGUUGGUCCGCCUCAUCUGGCGCGUGGUUCGUUUUGGGGGCAAAUUGCAUUAUACUACCAUAGAACAACAGAUCCCUUUUAAUGGUUUAGAGCUAAAUUGUCCCGUGUAAGACUUUCAAUGAGCAAUAUAAGCAUCCCUAAAGACUUUUAUUGUGGUAUUUACGGAGAAGAGACUUGUGCGCGACGGGUGUAAUUCAAGCGUUUAUCAGGCCUUUCUCUCAGUGCACUUAAAUUAUGGGACAACCUAGUGUUACUCAUUCCUCUUGUAAAUUCAUAAAAAAAUAGAAAAUAACUGCUCUCGCCUCUUUCCCGUGGGGUCAAGUCAUAUUUGCUGUCCUCAUUUCACUUUAGAAAUCUCUUAAUUUGAAUGAAGGCCUUAAUGAGGCAACGUUCACGGUCACCAGCAAGUAUCAAGGAACAGUUUGCUGCCAAUGUUUGAUCUACCUUUGGAAAUCUACUGAUAAAAUUGUGAUAUCAGAUAUCGAUGGGACAAUAACAAGGUAAGCAGACAUCCACAUGAAUUAUUUGUUAAUUACCUUUGAUGCCAAGCGUGCGCCGUUUAUAUUUACCUUCUGUGGUUCCUGGGCAUGACUAAGCGACACAAUUUUAUAGACGAACAUUCAAAACAGUCCUCUUUUGCGUGUAACGUGACGUUAUUAUCGGUUAUCCUUAAACCAUCAAUAAGGAUCGGUGCAUGAGCCACUGAACACCAGUUAUACAUAGUUUGAACGCUAAAAAUCGCAGCCAACAAGGUACGAACCCUCGGUUCAGAUGGUAGACUGUCUGACUCAAAAGUCAAUUGAUCGGGGGUUCACACCACGGCCAUAUCGGUCUGGGUUCGAGGAGUGGUUUGUCGGCCAGAAUGAAUAAGCCAUAAGUGGUCGUCCCAGUUUGUACAGUUUUUGUUGGCGAUAUUGUACAAAGACUAACUGAUCCUCAUUACAUGGUCACCCGUAGUGAUGCUAGAUCAGUGAACCAAGGCAAAACUGGAAGCCAAAUUCCAUCCUUCAAUCGGAUCAAGUCCGUAAACGCCACUGUCCCAUGGUCAUAAAAUAAUUAUUGUUUCUGAUAUUACCAGGAAUUAUCCAAGGUGGGAGGAACAAUUCUCCCGUUUAUCCAGACUCGACCAAAGGUAAAAUGUCACCAGGCAUACCCUGUGCGACCAAUUUCAGAUCAUUCUUGUGUCCCCCAAAAGAACUGUGCUGCUGUUGUUCUGGCCAAAACCGGGCCGUAGUGACUUAUGAAAUGCAUUUUUCACGCCUAUAUCGCACUGUCUUCUCCUCCCCCACCUGGGCCCGGUGUCAUGACCAAAUCAAGAAGACCGGAGGUGGCUGGCGCGGCUGGAGCAACCCAUAGGCAUGACGCUACACGUGGCUCGAGUCCCACUAGGAGAGGAUGCCGUAUAGGCCACGUUAAGGAGGAGCCAGUGCAGUCUGACCCUCAGUCAGCCAGGCCACACGAGGCUCACUGUGAGGUCCAAGUUAUACCCCAUCAGUUGGCAACGAUCCAAGUCACGGCUUUUAGUGCGCCAUGAUAGCUUCAUGCGCGUCAGAUUGCUUGUAGGGAGGAAGGUUCUCUGAUACAUCGACCUCACUCUCUAUUCCCAUUCUCACGACCCAGUCAUUGUCAGAACCGGUCAGUUAUCUGGUGCGGAGAAGGGGCCUAGUGGCUGACAUAGCUAGUGACCUCGUCUGCGCGUGCCACGUGUACAACCUGCCCAUCUCCAGUCAAAAGCACGGGGAUUUCAAACAAGAGAUGAUGGGCUGCAUGCAGUUCGUAUGCCUGGAAGUGACGGAGGUCAGGUUCAGAGGGAGUCGUUGCAGCAUGACUCUUAGCACACCACUCCGCACAAGCACACGGGGUUGAUUGCGAGGUCUGACUUCCAUCGCCAAUUAGCAAUCUUCCAGGCCACGGCGCUUGGCGCAGCUUGAUAGUCUCAGGCUCGUGGGCACUUACCUACCGUCACAAAUAUUCAUUACAGGCCUUAGAUGGAGGCUGACGUCACGCUAGCCACCGCAUCUCAUCUCGUCGUCCGUCAAUUGAAGGACUUGUAGAACCCACAGGUGCAUGGGGAUGGGAAAAGGGAGUGAGGUCGAGGCAGUUCUGCCGCGGUGCUCCACACCUCUAUACAAAUAAGCUAACGCGUUCCAAUACUAACAUGACUCAUCCUACCUCCUUAGUGAACGCUAGCGAUGUUGGAACUGCAAAAUAACAAAAUUGGCUCAGUUGAUUGAUGCUGUCUGCGUUUUGACACCCCUGACCCUGUGGUACAUUUAAAGGACAAACGCAGUUGCGCUGUUUUUCUUUAAUACGAGAUAGACAAUGUCACGUUAUACCCGCACAAAGUUGGGUCUGAUGCCAACGAUUCGACUCCGCCCUGGUGCAUUCAUUCAAGUUUUGCACUUGGUGAAAGCCUAUCCUUCUCUUAUUUUGACGCAGGUCCGACAUACUUGGACAUCUCAUGCCAUUGGUAGGUCUUGAAUGGAUCCACAAUGGCGUGACGCAACUCUAUAGAGAGAUUUCGCAGAACGGAUUCCAUAUCAUGUACGUUUCGGCACGAGCUAUCGGACAGGCAAAUGCCACGCGGACUCUGCUUGAGGAUCUUGUGCAAGAAAAUGAAGGUCUCCCACCCGGUCCCAUUAUACUCUCGCCGAACUCGGUGAUCAAGACCAUUGACAUGUGAGUUACGUGACUGUAUCUGCCCGACAGGCAGUAUAUGACAUAAGCUGAGCUAAGACAGAGAAUGCAAGUCUGCAGCAAGUAAGACUGGCCAGUUAACCUCUCUGCAUGUUGACAUCUGCGUCGAAGCAUACUCUACCCCGCCAAUUUUCGACGUUGACUCCCUAGGUUGUUGUAAAACAUAUAUCAAAUGUGCAAGACAGUUAGGUUUAGGGAUAAAUGGUCGGGUUAUCUGAUUUUGAAGGGCUGCUCGGACUUCCUUAAAAGGGCAGAUACCAACAAUCUGAGCUUUGCUCGGACAGAAGUGUGUUCGGUAUUUACGGUAUUCUAGGCGACGUUGCAGGUACAGUCGUCUCUUUGUUGGCAGUUGGUAGUCAGACGUGUGCUUGAGAGCGUAACUUGGUCCGAGCCGAAAACUCGGCUAAAUCGCAGUUCGUAGUCAGGAAUUGAGAAGCGGACGGCGACCUUAAUCCUAAUCCUAACCUCAACCUUAAACGUUAACCUUUAACCCUACCGGCGACCCUAACCCUAACAGAAAUCGUAAACGUAACCGUAGCCCUUAGACAUAGCCGUAACUGGAAAAACUAACCGUAAUACUGAAGCCUAAUCGUACGCUCAAACCCUAACCGUAACCCGAAAACCUAAGCCUAAAGGCAUAACCCUAACCCGGAAAUCAUCAACCGGUACCCUAGUCCUAACCUCAAACGUAAAACGGAAGCCAAAUGGGUAGGAUGUGAUGAUGGAAGCCCACAAAAUAGCUCCAGUAAACAAACCCCCAGUCACCUGUAAUACGGGGCCUGGCUACCAACUGCGAUCUAGCCGAAAACGUCCAUCAUCGGGACGGUUAGUUUUUGACCAUAUAAGCUCCAUUCCUUCUUAGCGCCUGGUGACUUCCCCAUAAUUUUUGUGGUAAACUAAUGGGCAUAAUGAUCCACCAGUAUUAAUGUUUAAUAGGACAUUUGGAAAUGGAGAUUUCUCUUCAAAAUUCUUCUUGAGCGAAAUAUUAUUCCCUGGGGAGGUUGGCAAUUUUCAGACUAUACCUCUUAGCGUCAACAAAUUCGUCAUCUACAUGAUGCAGACACUGUUUGGGGUUAAACAAGGAAAAAACGUGUGUGUGAGUAAAUGCCUUUAAUUUUUCGAAGAGUUUCAAUGCGCGUUUGAAAGCCGCAUUCGCCUCCUACACACCUACAUAACGCACUCAAAUCCAACGGAACUAGCAAUUGAUCAGUCAAAUCAAGACGACCUGUUUUUUGCCAGCGGUUAAUAUUUGCGUUCCUUUAUGCAUAACUGCUUGUGCUUAGGAAGAAUGGCAAAGCCUCACACUCAUCACGCCCGUAAGUCGCUAGGAGCUCAUGCAUAGUGGUUUUUCUUAGAAGAUUUUGCAAGUUGCAACUUGAAUUGAAUCAAAUGAUGAAAAGACGAUCAAAGACUGAACUGGAAACAAGAAAAAUGAGCCAAUCUGUUAUUACGGCGCGUUAAAACUCUUUUUCUCCACCAAGAAACAUCAUCAACCGUUUGAGGUACCAAGUUGACUUUGAAACAUCUAACUUACUUGUAUACUUUUAUGCACAAAUUUAUUUUAAUAGAUUCCAAUGCAGAGGUAGAGAUACGCUAACAUUCGGGAGCUGCAUCACAAAUCGGGUAGUAUUAUUUCCAGUUUGCACAAAUUUGGCCUAAUUUGAACGACUUCGCCCUAAGCUAGAGCUGGUAGCCCGUCCAUUACUAACCACUCUGAUCAUACUCAUCAACGUUUGUAAUUUGGGUGGAAUGCUUUGGUUAUCGGCGCUAUGACGUAUCCGGAGGUGAUCGACGAGUCCAGACAGUUUACUGCUAACAAGACAGCGAAUAACUCCGUCAGUAAUAAUCAGUCAAAGAUCACCAACGAAAACCAACCUUCACCUGAUUUCAAUAAAAACACGCCUGGUGUUUUUAAAGCCUGUCCUGAGUAUUUGAAUGCCACACUACGAAGUUAUGUUGCAGAAACUGUUGUUUAGACCUCAUUCCGUCUAACUUUAUAUGAGGUUGGUUUUCAAGAUAUCACGGACUGGGAAAUUUCGCGUUUCAAUAUAAACAUUGUUGGUGGUUAUUGAUGGACAGCUUUCCAUGUGUUGCAUGAGAAGUUCUCAACUUUCAGCACGAACUUUGACGUUGCCGGAAAAAAGCUCCUCUUUGACGUACAAAUCCUUACUGACAUACUAUCGAAUCACAUGCUGACUUCUGAGAUGCUGAGAAGUCCACAUUCUCUUGCCCAGGUUUCCUACCAUCAGCUUCCUCUUUCCGUAUUGAGAUGAUCUGCACUCGUACAUCUCAACAAAUCCUAGUGUGGAGAAUUUUCCACUUCUGGAAUGUUUUGCGUCGAAACAAAACAUGCUCCCUUAAUUUAGUCACAGUCUCUCACACCGCUGUAGCUCGGUCGAUAGCAAUUUAGUGUUUUUGACACAAGCCAACACACGCGUUAAAAAUUAAAUACCAUAGAGUGGAUAUGCAUGAAUUCACAUCCGUAUCGUAACGAUGCGGAAAACUACUUAGCGACUUCCCGACGAUUUGAGAAUUCACAUGCUGCUUGGUUCAAACUGCCCACCGUUGUCCUGCCUCCCCUCCCCCCGACAAUCUGAGUUGACAUUUUUCGACAAAUUUCCGCGCGUAAGAAAAUCCCUUCCCAAUCGUACGUUUUUCCUCUAACCAUUUCAUGCGGCCCUUCUUUUAACCGCAGGAAAAAUUACUUUGCUCAAGGUUAUAAGCCUAACGUAUCUCGUAGUUUUACUAGCCAGCAUUUUCUUGACUCAGGCAAGAUCAAAUCAAGGGACGUUGGUCCGUAAGAUUCUCAUGGACAGCUGACCCCUAGAAUUACUGUCAGAUGCUCCAUCUUUGACCCAACGCAACAACGCUUGCCGUUCGCGCGAAGUGGCCGAUAGCUAGAUUUUUCAAUACGACCUCAAAAUGUAGACUUACGAGAAUUUAGGAACGCUUCUGAGUGUUUGUCUGAAUAAUAGGCUUUUCUUGUGAUUCACAGAACGAACAAUCGCGUAAUUUAGCGUAGCUUUUAGCCGUGGCUGAAAUGGUACAGCGCCGGCAGCGAAGUCAGGUAAUGUUGGAGAUAUGUAUAGCAUCCUGCUAGAAAACAGCAUACACGGAAGGCCAGAGAACCCUUGGAGGAAAACGGCCGGUCGGUCACACUGACGAAAAGUAGUGGACGCUUCCAUAAGCAUAAAAACUUUAAAUUGGCGUGAUACUAUCUCGUCCUAACUGAUACUUCGCUCAUUUUGUGCAGGGAGGUGAUAAAGAAAAGACCCCAGGUUCUGAAGAUUAAGAACUUGAAGAGAAUUCUCCGACUCUUUCAGAGGGACGAUGACACAGUCAACCCCUUCAUCGCCGGGUUCGGCAAUAGAGUUAGCGAUGAGGACACUUACCGUGCCGUCGGGAUCCCAGACGCGCACAUAUUCAUUGUCAAUCCUCGUGGUGAGAUAACGACACCGUUGGGUGUUGAUCUGAAGUUGGGCUACAAGGAGCUCCACGAAAUAGUCGACUCUGUGUUUCCGCCCACUUUCGGACGGAUGGAGCACAGUAACGACUACUCCGACUUCACUUACUGGCGCCCAGUCCAGAUACAGGAGACUGAAGUUGAAAGCCCGCCACAGGCAUCCUCCAGUCCCACAGGCAGCAAAAGUGGCCUCUUUUUCUAG